GUUGCAAAAAUAGCUGAUUUCGUGUGAAUAAACCUCCUAUCCUCAUACAAUUUAAAAAAAAAUGUUAUAUUUUUAUUAUAAAUGAACCACAUUUUCUAUUUGAUCCCCUCUGAAACACUGUUCCUUUAACUUGUUUUUUUUUUUUUUAUGGGGGGGGAGGGGUUAUAUAUGCACUAUAACUGUAACGUUAUAUAAGCACAUGGUACAACUCAGAAUUGAGUGACCUGUAGCUGGUGGGGCUGAAUGUAGACUAGUGUUCGUUCAAUGAAGACUUGAAAGGCUGUGUGAUUAUAGAUCUGAAUUCGUCAUGCAACAUUCAGCAGAGAACUCUCCAAUCUUUUUGCUUUAUAUAUUUAAACCAGAGUACAACCAUUACAAGUGUAUACAGAUAUUUAUGGUGUUCGUAGAGCUUAGGAGUGAUUGUAAAUUUUUAGGAUUUAGAAUAAUAUAGCUUUGCCUAUUUACAAACUGUAAUUGUACAACAGGGAGAGGGGUGAGAUGCUUUUUCUUUGGCUUUCAAAGUAUAAAAAUGUUAUAAUUACUGAAAAAGUUACCGGUAAUCUUCAUGCAAUACCUUGUAGAGAUUUUAAGGGAUACACUAAAGAUUACUAGUACUGAUUUAUAUGGAUUGUUUUUUUUGGCUGGCGAGCAAAGCCCAGAGGGGGAGGGGAAGGGAGCUUCUAUCCUUAACUUGUUAGUUGUCCGCAGCCAUGGGAAAAGCUCUUCUUCUCCUCCCAGUUAUAUCUAUAUAGGAUCCUACUGUCUUGCGGGAUCGUCCAUAGAUCUUUGUGUUGUACCAGAAGAUGAGGAAUGUUCCAAAAGAAGGAUCGCAGUGCCUUAAAGGGAAAGCUUUAGAGGUACUCUCAAAAUAUUACUGAGUAACUCUAAAGCAACUAAUCCCACCCCCAUAACCCCAAAAUAGCCCAUAUUUGUCUGAAUGGGCUACCAGUGACCACCUGAGAGUGCCAGGAAUGUAGGAGAAAACUUUGAGGUUACACUGUGUCCAUAACCUCCUCAAUGAGCUGAAUUUGUGUGGGUGUGUUUUUUUUAUUUUUAUUUUUUUUAAUUUUUUUUUUUUUAUUUAUUUAUUUUUUUUAACCCCCUUAAGGACCAAACUUCUGGAAUAAAAGGGAAUCAUGACAUGUCAUGUGUCCUUAAGGGGUUAAAGGGAUGCAUGCUUCUUUUUAAAGAUGUGAACAGGCCAGAGUCUUAUCUGUUUGUUUCUCUGUGUCAUGGACAUACCCACCCUUUUAUGAUUUCAGAUUUGUUAAUGCAGCAAAAAAAGGAUGCACUUCUAUUGUAAAUCUAAUUUAUGUUUAACACCACCUUCAAAACUAAAGAUUUAAACAAAAACCACUCUGCAGCAAUUUGUAAUUAUAGGUUAUGCUAACACAUAUGGUAGUAUGGAACGUCUAACACAAAUAACAAGCAACAGAACAAGUAUCUAUAACUCCAUAUAGAAAGCAUGCAUUUGCAGUGUUUAGCUGAGAUGAAAUGGUACAAUAAAUGUUGUGAUGGUAGUAAUCAGUAUCACCAUCAAGCAUUCCCUUCUUCCCAUAAAUUUAAAAUCUCCAAGUAAUCCACAGAGUAAUAAAUCGCUGGUAUCGCCAAAUAAAUCACACAUGCGCCAAAGCUUAAUGCUGGAACAAGACUGAUUUACUGGAAGCAACAGGCAUUCGAUUUAUACAGUAACAGACUCCUCCUCUGGGCCAGGCUAGAUAAUUGAGUUUCAGCAACACCCUAACCUCCAUUAUCUGCUGGCCAGAAACAUUACAAUUUUCAGAAAAAUACAUUCUGCAUAACAUAGAAAUAUAUAAACGACAUCCCUGGGUAGCUGAGGCUACCGGGAGUCACAUAUACAAAUUUCACAAAAAUCCGUUCGGUAGUUUCCGUGUUGCAUCGUGUGGAAGUUUGACCGUCUCGCCAUGUGGUGGUAUCCGAUUUAGAGUUCCAUGAAAUCAGUAGCAAGAGUCGGUCUCUGUUCACGCAAAAUUACACAAAAAAUACCAUAGAUAUGUUGCGGCUGGUUAGAGGAGAGUGCUCCCCUCGUUCGGUAGAUUACAACUCCUGAACACUGGUUUGAUACUAUGAGUGGAAAUAGACCAGACGGGACUUCCAUAAUGACCGGACGUUCGUGUGAUUGCCAUGCCAAAAAUAGUUCCAGUCAAUCCACGAGAGUCCCGCUGGCCGCAUUCGGGAGAUUUAAGAUGACCGCCAUCCUUUGUUCUCGCCUCGUGUUCGUAUGCCGAAUGGCGGCCACUAGGUGCACUCAAAUAAGUUGCAGUUUUUCAUGUGAUUACUCGGUGUUCCAAAUUCUGAUUGCAACCCAGGGUGGUCUCUGUUCGGUAGAACGAAUAAAUUGACAUAAUUAAAACGAAAUGUCCAAAGGUAGUUAAAGAGCAGGGAGAGGACACAACCGAAUGACCAUAGGCGAAUACAGGGGGAUCCUUUACAAAUGUUAUAUCUCAACUGAGUUAGAAUAUCAAAGUUUCUUCAAGCUGACAUGCUACAAAUACAUUUGUCCUUUCUGCUUUACUCACUCCCAUUCAAAAUCCAGUCUGCAUAACUCCAUGAAAAUCUUCUCUAAUGAGCGACAUGGGGAGAGUACAAUAGUGGGAUAACCUGGAACAUGUCUCGUAGUGGGUUAAUUCUUUUUGGUCAGGUAUUGGCAUUCAUCCAAUUUUUUUUUUGUUUUGUUUCAGAAGUACUUUAAAAUUGUUUAAAAACAGGGGUAGGUCAAAAGAAUGAACAAGAUACACCAUUGUUACAAAAAUUUCUGAGUCUAAUGAUCACGGUCUCAAUCUAUGAGAGUCUAUGUUUGCCUAAUUGCAAAAAAUGCAUUUUUAAAGAAAACAAUUCAUUUAAAAAAAUAAAAUUAUGUGUGUGUGUGUAUGUAUGUAUAUAUGGUUUGUGUUUUUUUUUGGUUUUGUUUUUUUUUUAAAUCCAGUGUUUGAUUUGCAUGAGAGCAUCUAUGUGUGGCAAAAUGACUUAUGGUGCAGUAAUAGUCAGCUGCACAUUGUUUUUUUUUUUUUUUUUAAUCCUCUCUAAAAUGGAUUUUUAAGUUAUCAAUCUCCGCUUAGUCUUGGUAACCGUGAUAACUUUAAUAGAACAUGCCUCUCAGUUGAGUAUUUUGAGAACUGUAAUAAAAUGUCAUCCUAACUCCCUGCUCAAAUUGUUGGGUUGCUAUGUUUUUUCUGUCUGACCGUUAUCUAUUUCUAGGUUAUGAGCACUCCGCCUGUAUUGGCACAACAUGUUUCUACUCUUGGUGUCUUAAGGUGCAGUGACGGUAAAUAAUUCCUUUGCAAACAUGGUAGACUUCUAAUGUGUGCUCCUCCCAACCCCCCAAUUUUUUUUUAAUUUUUUUUUAUUAGUAUAAUAAAGUAUGACCAGUGUGAUGAAACUGUUACAAAGAUUCUAUAGUUUGCAUUUAAAUAUGUGUACAUAUCACAUUGAGAGUAAGAGCCAUAAGUGUCCCGCAAAUCCAUGAUGGUGCUUAGAAAGCGAAAUUAGUAGACAAAUCACUUUAAUCCAUCCGAGAGUACCGAUACUUGCAAGUUAGAGGGCCAUUGGGCCAGUAUAACAAAAUUGCGUAAAUACAAAUCUAUAAUAGAACGUAGGUUUAUAAGUAUCGGGGAGGGGGCAAGACUGUGUGACAUACUGCCAUGCUAUCUGUUUAAAAAUGAUUUAAUGCACUGUUGAAGAGUGCUUCAAUGUUUGAAUAUAAGGUUUCCAACACUGUAGCAUUUUUUUCGGCCCUUAAAUAUUUAUUUGUUGGCAUAUCUAACCAUUCCAUUUUUAAAACAAAAAGCAAUUUGGCUUUAAACAAAGAGCGGAAUGGUGGGGUAUGUUCUAUCCUGAUUUGGAAUAGAGCGUUCCUGGAUACCAAUGCCAUAACUUGCAACAGGCGUGAGUGGCCAUGAACUCUGUAUGUGUGGGGGUGUGAACACUAAAUAUUAUAAAUUCAGAUUUCUGAAAUGCGAGCGUAAAUAAGAGGUAACAUUUAAUGACCGUGGUCCAGAAAGUCUGUCUGAGGACAGGUCCAUGGGAAAGAUCAGCAUGUAAUUUCCAGCACUUGUCAGUGGGUUGUAUGCCAAUGAGGAAAUGUCUUGGAGAGAAUUUAAACCGAACGCAAAAGUGUCAGUGAUAUGUAUUGGUAGGUUGUAGUGGAUAUAGUGUUGAGUAUGUUGAAAUAUGCCUAGGCAAUAUUUGAAAAGGUGUGUGUGUGUGUGUGUGUGUGUGUGUGUGUGUGGCAAUAUCAGAGGCAAGAAACUGAGUGUGGAUUUGUAGGGAGAGUGUCCUUUUUAAACGGUUGACGUAAUGUCACAAUUGGCAAUAACUAAAUGUAGUCGUUGAAGGUGUUUGUCCAUAAUUCCUUGAAUGCAUAGAGUAGAAUGGUGAGUUGUCUAGGAAAUAAUACCAUUGUUGGAUUGUGAUAGAGCAAUCAUGCAACACACGGGUGUGGACCAAGGGAGUUGACAGGAUGCAAGUUAAAUUGAGCCUGUACUAUUGUCCCGCCUUAUGGUGUUGGCCAAAAUAGGGUUGUGGUGAAGUGGGCAGGAAAUGUAAAUGAUCUCUGUGAAUAAAACUUGCAAUACAGUUUCUGGCAUGCAAGCAAGCCUCCCAGUUCUGACUGGAAAUAGUGCAUACAGGGCCGCCACCAGAAAUUUUGGGAACCCUAACUCAGCUCAGGGUCUGGGGUCCGCCUCCAAAUCCCACCCACAGGAAUACACACACGGACACACGGACACACGGACAUGCACACAUACUGAGACAGACAUACAUACAUUCGUACAUACAUUCAUAAUGGCAUAUAUACAGACAUACUGACAGACAUACAUUCCUAAUGACAUACAGACAUACAUUGCUACUGGCAUACAGACAGACAUAUAUGCAUACAUACUGACAGACAUGCAUUCAUAAUGAUAGAUAUAUACAUACAUACAUACACACAGCGCGCUCAUUUCUCGCCACUCCUGUUUCUUUCUUUUUUUUUUUUUUUUUUGCAGGAGGGUGGCUGGGGCUGAUGUCAGUGCGGUUUCCUCUUCACUGCAGCGGCGCUCCUCCCACGAGUGAGCUGGGAGGAAGUGACCACUUGCUGCUUUUUUAUAAAAGGGGCCCGGUCGCGCUAUUACGCGGCCACAGCGCUGACCAGGCCCCUGACUAUAUAGGGCCCAUCAGAUGGCCAUAAGUGAGUGUGUCACCUGAUGGGCCCCAUCAGCCUGCGGGCCCCAGUGCAACAGCACCUGCGGCAGUUCCGCCGCUGCACGUGGGGCCCGGUCAGCUGGGCCGCCGGGCCCAUGACAACCUUCAUGGUUGUCACCCCCUGAUGGCGGCCCUGAGUGCAUACCUUCAAAACACAUUGUGAAAUAUAACACAUUAGUGAUGUUUAAUGAAAUACAUUGAACUGAUAGUUCUUCAAGCAAAACCUAAAAUAAACCACUAUAAAAUACAUAACUUUUGUAGUGGUCACAUUUCAUUAGUUUACUUUGGUCACCGAAUAGCACUUGAGAGUUUAUAUAUGGCUAUUACAUGUAACGAUGGGUUUACAGGGAAGUCAGAAAUUUACUCUGAUACGAGAACAUUGGAUUAAUUAUUUUUGGUUUCUUCCCCAGUGAUGAUCAGAGAAUCUCCUCCAAUUUUCUGGUUGGUUCUACCUUAUUUAUCCAUUGUUUCACUCCUGGUGGUUCCUGCUUUUUCCAAAGCGAGGUUAUAAGUGAAUUUUCUGCUCCCUCAAUUGGCAAAAAGAAUGCCUGUAGUUGUUGUUGUUGUUGUUGUUGUUUUUAAUCUUGAAAAACACUCAGCCACCCCUGAGAAAUCAGAUUGGUUGACAACUAUAUCGCUAUUGAAUAUACUACUGAGCAAUUUUAAGCAAUUUAUCAUUUGUUGAGGAGGUACACAGCAGUUCAAAUUGUGCCACUGUUCUGGGAGCACAGUUCAGCCUCACGGUAGAAUGUAGAAAAUGGCUGAAUUGGUGGUGGUGUCAUAUUGUGUCUAACAUUGCAGGAGAUCUCUCUCCUAGUCUUUAAGUGAGGGCAGUUUCUCGUUAAAUGUUGUGUGGGGAGUAGGUUUUUGAUCAAGUAGUUGCAAACUCCUGCUUUUGUAGUAAGCAGUUCUGUUAUAGGGUAAAGUGGGAAAGUAGCUUGGAAUGAAUGAAAAUAUAUAUAUAAUAUAAAUUUAUUUUUUUAUCCACUGAGAUGGGAUUGGUCUAAUGCAGUGGUUCCCAAACCAGUCCUCCUCUCCUGAAUUGGCCGUUUAGGUGACUGACCCAAUUCAGUGAUUUUAACUGGAAAGAAAAAAAUAUCCCAAGCUGGAAUGUUGAGAAACGUGAUUUCAGAAACAACCAUUCAAGGACACUCUUAUUACAUGAGCGUGUUAUAGCAAGAUUCCGCUCAGGAAGGAUAAGCUGCAGCUGAAUGAAAAGCUUUGUACACACAACCAUAUAGUAUUUUGUGAGUAGAGCUAAAGAUAACAAGUCUCAAGAUGUAAGCUAUUUUUUUUUUAUUUUUUUUUUAGCAUAUAUGAAGUGUCCAGUAUCUAGUCCUUUAAUAUGGGACUUAUAGGACAGUGUAAAGGUGAGGUUGCUUUUCUCAUGUUAACGAGUCCGUCGUCCUCGGCGCUGUUCCUCUGGGCACAAAAGUGGUUAUUUCGUUGAUGUUCCAAGAUGGGCUGGCAACAGUUGCUGCUGCAGGUAACAAGAGUCCCAGUGACUGGAGAAACUUGGGCGACUUGGAUAUGUGUGUCAGGUGGACCGUCUUGCCAGCAUGAUCUGUUAAGCGAUGAGGGCCCCAUUUAUAGGGGAUAGACUUCUCCUGCAGUAGCAAGGUGAUGUGGCGGAGGGAUCUGCGCCAGGUAAGAGUGUGCCUUGAGAAGUCUCUGUAAAGAGUCAGACUUGUUCCCUCAGAUGUGACCGUAGGAGAGCCUCUCGCGGCUCCCAUGAGAGCCCCCUGGUCUGAGUCCCGGACAAAUUUAAUCAGCACGUCUCUUGGUGCCUCCUGGGGAGCCUUGAGUGCUUUAGGGAGGCGAAAGCAGGUGUCAAUCCCUACUUGCUUUGCUUGCUUGGGCAUCAAUAAAGUUGCUAUGAGCCGCCUGCAAUAGUGCGGUAGUUCCAGGUUAACCACCGAUUCAGGAACUCCCCUGAUCCGUAGGUUUCGGGCUUUAGCUUUGGCCUCAGUUCCCGCUAGUUGGGCAGUCAGUAUUGCACAUUGCUUUUGUAAAAGUCCCAGGGCUGCGUCCGUAGUCUGCGCUGCCCUUGCGCCCCCGAGGGACUCCUCAACGGAGACCACACGGCUUAAAAGCGUGGAGAUUUCCCCUCUGACGAGCGCCAUGUCGGUGUCAAACAUCACCUUGAUAUUCAGCAUCAGUGCCUUUGUUGGCUUUUGUGGCAGGUGCUGCGUCGCCUAGGUCUUUAGGCUGCUGGGGUGUAGCAUGUACCUUGCUAGGAGCAUGGAAGUAGUCUGGCAUACUGUCAUAGUCUCAUGAUUGUGAGUCGUAGGCGUCUGUCGGCGCCAUCUUGCUGUGCUCUUGCCGUUGUCAGGCGCAUAAAAGUGCCGAUAUCUUUUGACCCCGAGCCAGGAUCUACUAUGCUCUUCUUUGGUUUUUUUUUUUUUGUUUGUUUUUUCCCCAUAGUAUAGGGUGUUCUGGGGUUCUGUUUGUCAGGUCCCAAAUUAAUUUUGUGGCUAGGAUAUCCCUUUAUCAGGUCUCCCGCUCGGAGCUGUGGUGAGUUGCGACUUGCUCAUUUAGGCGCUGGCUCCGUCCCCCCAUAUAUGUGUAUUUUAUUGCAGUAAAAGCAAACAGUAUUAUGGCAUUCACAGUUAAAAUGUCAUGUAGAACUAAGAAAAUUUUAAAUCUUCUUUUCUCUCAUUUCUUUUAUAUUUUAUUCAUAUUAAAUUAGGUUCCAUACCUAAAUAUUUUAUGUUAAAUGAAAGCCCUGUUUCCACUGAAUAAAAUAUCUAAUAAGUGUGGGUGCAUUUAAUAUGAAAGAGGUAAAUUAUUGUUGAACAGACAUAUAGUAAAAUUCUGUGAUUUUAAAAAAUAAAAUAAAAAUUUGGAUCACAACUUGUACAUUUGGCUGCGGUCUUAAGGGGUUAAUUACUUGGUGCUUAGGUUUUGGUAUUUUUAUUUUUUGUUUUGUUUUAUUUAUUUUUUAAAGAUUUUUCUUUUUGAUCUGAUAAGCAAGGGUAUCCAUAUAAGCAAAACCGCUAAAUCCAUGGCAAACUUUAAACGUUUAUAUUCUAACUUGAGCAUUCUGGUUGUAAGAAAAGAAACCAAAUAAAAUCAAAAAGCUUAUGCCGUAGGUAAGCUAUUAUUGCUAAAACCGCAAAGAUGACAUUCAUGACUUGAUUCUCAUCUGUUUUAAAAAAAAAAAAAAAAAUUGCAUGGAUGUGGUUUUCAUCGGCUCAAGAUCUUUCACAUGUGCUAGAGCCACAUGAGAAAAAAUGGAAAAAUAUUGCUGAAUCUGAUUUACAUGAUUUCAGACAAUAUUUGUUUUUUGUUUGUUUGUUUUUUGUUUAUACUUGUGUCUUUAGGCAAUAGGUUGUCUCUAUUCUGGAGAAGAAGGUGAAUGCAAAGAGGGGCAGGACCUGAACAGAGAUCAUUUUAGGUAACCUAUGCCAAAAAUGGAUGUACCAAUCACGGCAGAAAAACAACCUUGCCCACUGGAGAGAUAUUUAGUUUCAAAGAUUACAUGGUUUGAAAAAAACUGAGCCAUCUCUGCAUAGACCCUUUCUGGCCUUCCCAUCCCAGGUUAAGACACUAAAUGGUUGCCUGAGGCAAAAGAAUCUGGUUGGACAGAUUUGAAAUUACAUUUGCCGAAAAUAUCAAAAGAAAAUAGUUUCUAACUAAACUACAAAAUGUUACGCCAUCUUCUGAACUUGUCUUUUUGUGAACCAAUUUGUUCCCAGAAAGAAAUUUUGCAAUAGAAAUGAUCCAAUCUGCUACUCAUGCAUUUCUGGACCUAAAUGGAACCAGUAGGCAACUUGCAUACUUCAUCUCAUUGGACUAGUGUUGGUGCCUGUUAUCACCGACCGCCUUUCCAUUGUUCAACGUUAAACCCUUUUCAAUCUGUUUCACACUAAAUGAGAGUUCCUGGGUGCCAGUGGCUUCGCCUGCCACUAGAGGAAAUGUCCAUCUAGGUUCUGUCUUUCUUCUCUGGCAUUUAUUUAUUUUUCUGCUUGUGUGUAUUUAUUUAAAAAAAAAAUAUAUUUUUAUAAUCUUCUUGAAGAACUUUGAAUUGCAAAACAAGCUGUUUUAUAAUUUAAAGCAAGCUGCACAUUUAAUAUCUAUUAAAAUAAACACUGUAUAGUUCCAUUACAAAUCUAUCGAGCAGUUGAACCGUGUUCCAAGGUUAUGCCUAUAUUGUGUCAUUAGAGUCCUUCAAACUGAUAGUGUUAUCUGCAUUUUACACAGUUGAGAGCAUUUCAUUCGCAAAAGGCAAGUUCUUCCCUAAAUAAAUAAAACUAAAAUCUCUUAUUUUUUUAAUUUUAUUUUUUUAUAGACUUACAAUGUUUGGUAUAAAAGUUAGAUAGGAAGCAAUGAACGUCCUAGUAGACCUAAAUUUAGCAAAAGACAAUCUUGCUUUUUAUGGUUCGGGUUAGAUAAAGCACAAUUAACUGUAUAACCAAAAUGUACAGAACAGAUUGUUCCUGUACCUGGUGAACUGAUACAGGACACGAAUACAAAAAGGUUUAAUUUACGAUGCAAACCAGUAGGUAUUAUGACUCAUGCAUACAAUGUAGAAGCUGGAUAUACAUUUAGUGUGCUCUUAAUUUGUGUGAACUUCGUGGCCUUCAUGUCUGUUUAAAGCCACAAAUUAUUGUGUUCAUGUUAUAAAUUAGAGAUGUGGCCAUAGCGUAUAACUAGACACGUGGCGUUUACUUUUUUUUGUAGUCCUGUUUUGAAAAUACUUCGGAUAUGUAGCUCUUUAUAACUUGUAGUAUUCUUAGUGUUUGUUAAUGCAAACUUUAUUAACGUAUCGUUGAUAGUAUCCUUGGCCUUGAUGCAGUAUUGCAAAAAUGUAACAUCAUUUUGUUUAUGCCAUGUGUUUACUUUUUUUUUAAUUUUUUUAUUUGUAAAGUCAUAAAUGUCUGAUAAUUGAUCAGUUAGACUGCAGGGACGCACUCUAUACACCAAAACCACUUAAGAUAAAGUUGUUUUGUUGCUUAGUGUCCCUUUAACUCAAAAUGUAACUGACAUCUAAUGAUGAUGAUCUAAAAAAUAAACAUAAUAUUUUAGGUUAAAUUUAGGGUUUUGUGUAUUUGCCAGCAAUAACGAUAGAUAUCACAUUUGAUCCUAUUAACCUUAAAAACUAACUAUAACCUUAAAUACUCUUCCUACACUAAAUUACUGUCCUUGACUAUAAAAUAUCGUUUAUUAGACCAUUAAAGUAACAUUAAAAUGGUCUUCUGGUAAAAUACAGGGCUUUUAGAAGCUGCCUUGGACAACCUAUGCCCUUAUUUAAAUACAGUUUGGUUUACUGAUGCUAAAUAUAUUCCUUCUGAAUUGGGCCUAUACUAUCAUCUUAAAGCGGCACUGUCAUGGCCGAAUCCCAUUUGUUUUUGCCUUUUUAACCUCCCUCCCGACUCCAGUACAUCUAACUGACCCCCAAGACACCCCUAAGCCAUAUUACCUAUUUUUUUUUUUUUUUAACUUUAUUUUCUGCCCCGAUCUAUAUUCAGGGCGCCACCCUCUUUGUGUGGGUAGAGGAAGUCCCUGUGGGACAGGUCAUCUUCCCACAUUAGAUAAUGCUAUGAAAUUCCCGCACAUGCCCAGUUAAACACUUUGGCAUGCGAACAAGAAUUUUAUCUAUUCAUUCGUCAGAAAGACUAAUGAAUAGCAUUGUCAGACGAACAAACACUGGAUAUCAGUGUUCGUUUGUUCGUGCAGUUUAUUACAAGGAGGGAGCUACCGGCGCGCAGCUCCCUCCUUGUAAUAUGUAAAGAUAGAAGCGGCAGGGAGCAGUCCCUGCCAAUUCCUUAAUUUCCCCCCCCCAUGUCCUCCCUCACUGUAUCGGGGUUAAUAUGACCUCUAUAAUGGCAUAAGGGAGAUUAAAAUCUCCCGAAUGCCCCUACUCACUAUAAUGUGAGUAGGGGCAUGUCCACUAAACAGUGAGCAGCCUGUGGCUGCUCACUGUUAAAAAAAUAAAAUAAAUAAAAGAAACCUGUGCAGUGGGUGGGGGCCCUAAAUAACAAUAAGGGGGGACACUUAUUGUCGCCCCGGUGGGUGGGGAUCAUAAAGAUAAUGGGUGGGGGCCAUAAAUUACAAUGGGGGGGACCUACUGUCCUUCCCCCACCCCUGCGCGGUGGGUGGGGGCCAUAAAUUACAAUGGGGGGGACCUACUGUCCUCCCCCUCCCCACCCUUGAGCGGUGGGUGGGGGCCAUAAAGAUAAUGAACACCUACUGUCCUCAAAAAAAAAAGCCAAAUAAAAAAAAAAACCAUCAUACCCGUCGAACUUAAAAUAAAAUAAACCUGAGCGCAAAAAACCCAAUCCAUCUUCACCCAUGGAGGGCUCCGCGCAGACUGAGCUCUGCAGGGCGGAGGAAGGCUUGUAAAGCCUUGCCCUGCAAUUAAGCUAAGAACACUCUGAUUGGCUGGUUUAAGCCAAGCAGAGCGCUCUGUCAUUUUACACCGCAUGGGAAAAUUUCAAAGAACUUUCCCACGCUGUGUAAAAUUACACAGGUUGGGUGGCUUGAAAUCCAUCCAAUCAGUGCACGCCGGGCAUUUGGGGAUAUGGAAGACAGCUGAUAUGGUGAGUGUUUAUUGGUAAAGAUGUCCUAUAUAUGUUUGUGAUAUGCGAUGUUUAUGCUCUUUACGUUGACCUCGCUUGAAUUGAUCCACAAUAAAUUGGAUCAAGUAAACCCAUGAGUGCCAGUAAUUUUUGAUAUUGAUAUAUUGGAAGGCAUGGCCUGAAGUUGUGGGAGGGGCUAUAGAGCUACUUAAUGGACUCCCCCCUUCCCUUACCUUCGUUGGUCUGGAAGAACAGGGUGAUACUCGCCGGCAUCCUUUCCUUCCGACUUCCUGUUACGUGACGUCACUUCCGGUGAGACGCGGCGCAUUUUCUCUACGUCACACGGUGAGUGCCGCCGGCUCCACAGCCCGAAAGCAACACUUCUCUUAGGUUUACCACUUAACUGGUAUUUUAAGGGCACUGCUGGUAUUUGAGACUGCCUGGCCAGUGCCAGUAUUGCAGUAAUACCGGCAAUACAGAUGCAGGUAUUUUUCUCAGUAUAAACGGAAAUUACUCUUCAAUACCAGCACCGGCCAGUAGGGGUCACUGUGUGUGGAGACAGGCAGGGAUAGGAAGAAACAGCAUAUCCCUCCCUGCCUCUCUACUACUCACUGAUCCGUGGGGGAGCAGCUACACAGCACAGAGUCCAGACAGCAGCUCUACAGCUCAGGUAAGUGAGGGAUGGGGGAAAGGGCAGCAGGGAGACUAGGGGACUCAUGGGGACACAGACACUAGGGGAUACUGGGAGAAAUGUGGACACUUGGAGACAUAGGGACAUUGGGACAUAGACACUAGGGACACAGUGUCCCUAGUGACUGUGUCCCCUUGUCUCUCUGUGUCAUGGGGACACAGGGAGACACUGAGAGACUAGGGGACUGGGUGACUUGCGAGACUGAGACACUGUGAGCAAUCCAUCUAUAUAGCAGAAUCCAACUGUGAGUAGUUUGUUGGUGAUUUUACAGAAUUUUAUCUUAUGUCACUCCUUGUGAUUUACAUCAUGUGAUGUCAUGCAUAACUAAUUAAUUGUACAAAUGAUUAAGGCUGGUAUUUUUUUCCAAGAAAUGUGGCAACCCUUACUACUCUUGCUUAAAGGAACACUAUAGGGUCAGGAAUACAAUCCUGUAUUUCUGACCUUAUGUUCAAACCACCAUUAAGCCCCCCUUGCCUCCCUAAAUAUAGUAAACUCUUACUUGUAUUCAAGUCUGCAGCUGCUGGCUCUGUCCCGGUCUGCCUCUGAACUGACUCUGUUUGCUGACAUCAUCAGAAGUGGUGGUUGAGCAAAUUACAAUGCUUCCCCAUAGGAUUGGCUGAGACUGUCAACUAGGCAGAUCAGGGGCAGAACCAGCACAAGUCAAACACAGCCCUGUCCAAUCAGCAUCUACACAUGAAGAUAAAUUGAUUCAAUGCAUCUCUAUGAGGAAAGUUCAGUGUCUGCAUGCAGAGGGUGGGAACACUGAAUGGCAGUGCUGCACACUAGGCAGUACUGCCCCAGGAGGCACCUCUAGCAGCCAUCUAAGGAGUGGCCAUCAGAGUUAUUUUCUCUGAAAUGACAGUGUUUACUGCAAAAAGCCUGGGGGAAAUUAUUCUACUUACUAGAACAAAUACAAUAAGAUGUAGUUGUUCUGGUGACUAUAGUGUUCCUUUAAGUUUGGAAGCUUAAGAGGGAUGCAUGGGAACAAAACCUGUGUGGACUGGCUGACAAAAUUAGUUUAGAUAAUGCAGACUUUGGUCUCUCUAACACUGUGGCAUGUCCCCUUUUUUCUACACUCCCUACAUACACCUUUUCUCUGUCCCAGACUAUAUACGAGGAACUUCUGCCUGCUAGUAAGAUAAGGAGACAAGUGGACAUGUGAGUGCUAGGGGACCAUCCUUAGAAAGCAUGGAGUAGGCACAUCAUUUGAUGCAUUUGUGUCAAGUUCAGGGUGCUGCCUUCAUAGUAUGCCCUUAGUUGGACAGCUUGCAUAAUUGGCAGGCAGCCUGACAUGCAUUCAUGCCAGGCUGGCCUUCCAAUUCUUUGGACAAACAUGCCCCCUUUUUGGGAAUGUUCACCCCUUUUGGCAGGUCUGGUCACGUGAUUCGCGCCAGUGGCACACUCUUUUACCCUGCACAUUGACUUCCUGCUUCACUGGACAGUGCUGUUAGGGGGUAUGGAUUUACUUGAAAGAUGAAAGCAUAAAUUAUAGAGAGAUUAACAUAGAGUAUGUGUUUUCUUAUAGCUGCAUCCUUUGAGUUUCCCUCCAACACCAUCACCAUCACCAUCAAAUACAUGAUGCUUGGGAGGUAUGAUUGUUUUAGUGUUUUUGGUCAAUAAGAUUCUGUAAUUAGGCCCAUCAUAAUUGUCAGCACCAGGCCCACUGGGCUCUUAAUCUGGACCUGCUCGUGUGUGUGUGUGUGUAUGUAUGUAUGUAUGUAUGUGUGUGUGUGUGUGUGUGUGUGUAUAUAUAUUACACACACACACACACACACACACACACUCUGUGUUAUUGGAGAUAUUCUGGAGUUAAUCUGAGGUAUACAGAAGGACAAAAAAAUUAAGGUUUGAUUUAAAUCAUCCACCUAAUAAAAAUGGCAGACUUGGUUCAGUGUAAUAGUUGUUGUGCAUUUGUUUCACGUUCCACUUUUUGGAGAUUUGGAUGCUGUCUAAUCUGUAGACCGUUCAAAAAUAUAAUUUCCUGCAGCAAUAUAUAGAGAAGUCUGAGAUUUGUAAAUUAUCUGGUAAACACUCUGGCUGGAACUGCUGCAAAGCCACUGCCGCAGGGACUUAAUAGGAAUGGCAGAUGGAUUACUGUAGGAUCUGGUAGACUUGGAGUUGUGGAUAAAAGGCAUAUUGCUCAGUCUGUUGGUCUACAUAAGUGGUGGCGAACCUGUGGAACGCCGGGACCUCUCUGUGGGCAUGCGGCCAUAGGUAACCGGUCUGCAUCAAUGCAGAGUAGGCACAUGCCUGCCCUAAACGGCAGGCGCCUACUCUGCUUUCGUGUCGGGAGGACAGGGGGAGCAAUCUUAGCAGCAGCUCUCCUGUCCUCCCGCGAGCAAUCUGUGUGGAGUGUUGCCACGUGUUACCAUGGCAACACUCCACACAGCAUUCUGUGCGAGGGAGGACAGGAGUGCUGCAGGACCUGUCCCUCCUGCCACCACCAGGGAUGGCUGUAUUCCCCCUCCUUCACCAAAGGUAAGAAGUGAGGUGGGGGGAUACAGAUUGUAUUAAUAUUUGCAGCAGCGCUCCGCCCCCCCACACACACACAGCGCGCUCUUCUCACCACCUCACACAGCGCACACACACACACUGCACCCCUCAAUGCAGUAUGUGUACUCCGUAUUCUGACUGUGUGUACGUUUGUGUGCAUGUAUUCAGCGGACUGUGUAUAUGUAUUUUAUGUAUGUAUUGCAUUUGUUGGAGACUAAUAAAUAUAAGCCUAAUUUUAUCUAUAAUUAAAAAUUUUAUUCCUGUGAGUUGUGUGUAGGCAGUGAUGGGUGGGUGGGAUGGAGGGCCGCGAGGGAGCACUGACUUACGUGCUGUAACAGCACUAAUCCCUCCGCUGAUUCAGCCGGGAGACCAGAAAUGACGUCAAUCAGGCGCUGCUGCCUGAUUGAUAUUUCCAUUUUCCUGUCUUCAGCGGAGGGAUUAGUGCUGGAACAGCAGGUAAGUCAGUGCUCCCUCGCGCCCACACCCCCUCAAAGCAGUGGGAAGGAAUCGGAUCCACCAGGUAGGGAGCAUGGGUGGACUUCAAAUCCCCACCCGCACAAAAAAACACAUUAUGUGCUGGGGCGGGAAGAGGGGGAUAUGCUGGGGGAGGUUGGGGGGAUAUGCUGCUGGGAGAGGAGAAGGUUUAGUUUGUAUGACUGUACAAGUUGUUUUUUCUAAACGUAAACUUCAGUAUUCAGGUUUAAUUGCUGUGUUGGCACUUCGAGGGAAAAAAAGUUGGCAUGUAUUGCGUUUUCGGCACUCUGGCUCAGAAAGGUUUGCCAUCACUGCUCUACAUAAUUCAGUUUAAGCACUUUCAGAUUGUUGUGGAGACCUGCUCAUGCACUGAGUGUAGUGGUGUUGUGGAGACAGGCUUGGAGACCAUGGUGAGGCCUAAUAGAAAGCAGUUGUUGUUGUUAGGGGAUUCGAUCAGAAGAGGUGUGGAGCUGGACAAUAGUGGUCUUGUGAGAUGUCUUCCUGGAGCUACUGCUCACAGAGACAGGACAUAUAUUUGUAAUAUUGUUAAGCGAGCAAAGCAGGAAGGAGAAUUGGAUGUUCUUGUCCAUGUAGGGACAAAUGACUUGGCUUGCAAUGAGGUUUCAGAGGUAAAAAAAGUUUAGUGUUUUUGCCAAUGACAUACGGCAGGUGGCUUCCACACUCAUUCUCUGAAGGUCUGCCUGUGCAUAACACUUAGAACGACAGGAGGAUGCGUAUUAGGGAUUUUAACUUGUGGCUUGGUGAAUGGUGUCGGGAGCAAGGAUUUGGCUUCAUUUCUCAUGGUAGCUCUGUUUGGAAUGGAAAUAAACUGUUGGUUUGCAUCUUUCUCAAAACAGAACAGAUGUUCUCAGUGAGCAGUAAAGAGGUUUUGCUAGGAUGUAUUUAAACUGGGGGGGGGGGGCAAAAGGGGGAUAAACCCCAAUCCAACUGCCCCCCCAAAACAAGGUCAGAAGGUGCCUGUAGCAAGUGUGUUAAAAAAAUUAAGCUUAUUCAUGUCUACAAAUGCUCGCAGUUUAGGGAAUAAGAUUCAUUAACUUGUGGCUAUAAUGGCAACUGAGAAUGCAGAUUUAGUUGCUGUUACAGAGAUAUUGGAUAAUGAGACGUGGCCAAAAUAAUAAACAGCCAGCAUUUAGUAAUUGUUUUUGUUUUUUUUGUUUGUUUGUUUUUUUUUGUUUUUUUACAGAAUGAGGAAGACUGACAGAUCUAUAAGAUUAGGCAGAAAGAGCCUAAGCAAGUUAUAAGAGCUUCCAAAUCACACACAGAAGAGAAAAUGGCAGUCCGUUUAAAAAAAGAAAAAAAAAAAAGAAAUGGUUUUUAGAUGCAUAAAUGAGAAAAGGAAAGUAAAACUAUGAUUAGUUAGAUUAAAAAUGAAGGAAGGUAUUUAGAAGAGGACAAUGGUCUAGCUGACUGCCUCAAUUAAUAUUUUUGUUCUGUAUUUACAGAUGAAAAUGAAGGUAAGGGGCCUCAGUUAGUAAAAAGGACAAAUUAGUCAUUUAUUACACGUGGGUUUACAUAGGAAGAGGUUCUAUUUCAACUGUCAAAAGUAAAGACAAAUAAGUCAAUGGGACCUGAUAGAAUACACCCAAAGCUAUUAAAAGAGCUUAGUUGUGUACAAGCAAAACCAUUAACAGAUAUUUUUUUUUAACCAAUCAUUAUUAACAGGAGUAGUCCCAUGAGAUUGGAAGUUAACGAAUAUUGUGCCCAGUCACAAGAAAGAUAAUAGGGAGGAGUCUGGCAACUAUAGGCCAGUAAGCCUUACUUUAGUAGUGAGGAAAGUAAUGGAAACCAUAUUAAAGGGUCAGAUUGUUGAACAUCUAAAAACACAUGGAUUUCAAGCUCAGAGACAUGGGUUUACUUCAGGGAGAUCAUGUAUUGAUUUUUUUUUUUUUUUUGAAUGGGUAAAAUUAUAGAUCCUUCUCCCCCUUCCUUCCUUCUCCCCCCCUUCCUUCCUUUUCUCCCUUCCUUCCUUCUCCCCCUUCCUUCCUUUCUCCCCCCUUCCUUCCUUCUCCCUUCCUUCCUUCUCCCCCUUCCCUUCCUUCUCUUCCUUCCUUCUUCUCCACCCCCUUCCUUCCUUCUCCACCCCCUUCCUUCCUUCCCCUUCCUUCCUUCUUCUCCCCUUCCUUCCUUCUCCCCCCCUUCCUUCCUUCUCCCCCUUCCUUCCUUCUCCCCCUUCCUUCCUUCCCCCUUCCUUCCUCCCCCUCUUCCCCCCUUCCUUCUUUCCCUCCCCCUUCCCUUCUCCUUCUUCCUUCCUCUUCCUUCCUUCUCCCCCUUCCUUCCUUCUCCCUUCCUUCCUUCUCUCCCUUUCCUUCCUUCUCUCCCCCUUCCUUCCUUCUCUCCCCCUUCCUUCCUUCCUCCCCCCCUUCCUUCCUUCUCUCCCCCUUCCUUCCUUCUCUCCCCCCUUCCUUCCUUCUCUCCCCCCCUUCCUUCCAAGAAUUCUCCAAGAGAUAUUGUAUUCAUGGUGUAUUUAUUAUUUAUAUCAGUUACUUGAGGGUGCCCUCUCUAUUUAGUCAUUUCUGUUUUUCAUCUUCAAUUCCCGGGUACAAGCCCAUAUUUAGGUGGAGCUGGUACCACCGUCCUGACCUUUUUUUCCUGACCCUACCUCCAGUUUAUUGGUUGGUUGGGGUGAUAGGAAAAUUAAUCUGAUUUUCUUUUUAAUUUGGUAAAGGGUAUACUGGUUUAUUGAGAACAAGGCACACUUUUAUACACAUGACCCAAACACUGGGUUAAUAGCUUGAACAAUGCAUCCCCCAGAUACCACGUUGUAAUUUCAAUAAACUCCAAAACCUAUGAAAUGACACACAACAUAUAUUGCUUGAUCUAAAGUAAAUUUCCUUUGACUUUAACAAUAUUGUCAUCAAUGCUAAUCCAAAGAUUAUUUGUAUACCUUGUGUGCAAAAAUAUGAAGUUUGACCAGAUUGGCUAUUUAAUCCAGUAGCCACAAUCUUUGUUCUGCACUGUGGCAAUACCCUUUAACCUUUCUGCAAUCUCAUGGUUUCAAGGUAAUAUAUGCAGUGUAUUGGCCCACUUUUUUUCACAUUCAUCUCUAUUAUUCCCACCCCCUCACGGUUCUUGUCUUUUACUCUCUGCUACCUUUUCCCACACUAAGCCAGGGGUGUAUUUACCACAAGGCAUUCGCCUAGGGUGGCAAAAAAGCCGCCCCAAGUGCCCGGGUAAAUGCCUUGUUUGUCUUGUGUACUGUGGGGGCCUAAGAGCUGGCUACCACUUUAGGGCCCCCUAUGUGUUAAAGUACUAAUAUUCUAGCUGGGCGAUGAGGGAGAUGUCCUUUUAGAUUAAAAAAAAAUAUAUACUAAUUGGUGAGUGUAUGAGAAAAUAUAUGUGUGAGUGUGUUUGUGACUGUCAUUGUGUGUGUGUGUGUGUCUGGCAGUCAAAAAAAGGCCUUGACACGAAUUGGUGGGGCAAAUUUAGAUAAGGGGGUGCUGAAAUUAGUCAUGCCUAGGGCAGCACAAAUCCAGAAUACACCACUGCACUAAGCCACAUAUCUGUUGGACUGCUUAUUCUCAUACAGGAGAUAAACCUAUAGACUGUAAAGCCCUGGGCUAUCUGCUUAUCUUGUGUGUCUUUCUUUAAUUGGUUUUUAGUGUGACACCUUCUUUCCCUUAUAAAUAUGUAUGGAUUAUUUGCUUACGUUAAAAUAUUUUAGCAGUGACUAUUAGUUUUAUGAAACUGUUUUGAGAUAUAGAAAAUCAACAAGUAUGUAUGUGUAUAUAAUUUUUAUUUCUAUUUUUUUUUUUUUAUUCAUUUUUACCUUCCACCUCUAAUGAUAAGUUAUAGUUUUAAAGAAAACCCUUAAAGGAACAUUCUAAUUUGAUAAAAAUUUUGCAUUUAAAACAUUUUUCACAACAAAACAACCACAAUAUGGUCAAAAUAUAUUAUUGCUGAAACUGAGCCGGUCUGUUGUGACUGGUUCACUGGUUCACUUCAACUGAAAUUGCCCCACAGAGGCAUUAAAGGAACGCAAACCUGUAUUCCUGACCCUAUAGUGUUAAUACCACCAUCUAUUGCCCCCCUAAAUAUAGCAAAAUCUUACAUUUACUCCAGUUUGCGGCUGCUGGCUCUGACCUUUUAUCUACCUUCUUGGCUGACAUAAUCAGAAAUAAUUCUCUUCGCCAACCACAAUGCUUUCCCAUAGGAAAGCAUUGGAUUGGCUGAAACUGUCAAGGAGGCAGAUCACAAGCCAAACCCAGCCCUGACCAAUUUGUUUUGUGUUUAUUUUUUUCUGUUUUCCCCUUUUUUUUUUGGCAUUUAUAACUAGUCACGUACUUGUGUUUGUGGGUUUCAAUUUUUUUUCUGUUUUCAUUAGUACUUUAGUCUUAUGACUGGGGCUUCCUGCUUGUGGGUUAGUUUACUAGUCUAGUGUUACAUUGAACAUCUGCUCUGAUUUUUACAUUUUGUGUUCGAGUUCCCUCCACAAUUCAAAGCAUAGUCACAAUGAGAUAAAGGAACGUUCCCCAGCCACAAAUCUAUGCAUGCAUGUAUAGCUUGUUUUAUAAAGUAACUGCUAACUGCUGUAGUGGAUAGCACUGGAUCAAGUGCUGAGCCUCCUGGAAUUCUGGCCGACCGUUCCUGCCAUUCACUGAGAGUGCUUUCAGCCAAUGAAUGAACCUCUGUGCACAGAAUCCUCGUUUCAGACUGGUUAUGAGGGACGUCAAUCAUUGAGGCACCAGCAUUAAAUAUCUGUGCAGUGUUUCAUACAGAAUUGCUGCAUGUACCUUAGUAGUAACUUGUUUAAGAGGAACUGUCGAUUUUAGGAAUUUUUUUUUCAUAUUAUGUGAAAGUUAAAUGUGGAAAUAAAUGACUCUUCCUGCAUUUGGGCACCUCCAUCUUUACUCUGUCAUUAAUUUUUACAUGCACAUACAGUGACCAGAAAAUCUGAAACAACGUUUCUAUUUCCCUAUUCAUUUGCAGUCUUUGCCUUGGUUUCGGCUUGUGGGAGCUGGACAAUGCCAGUCAUUAAAUCUUUUUUAAAAAUCAGAGCGUCGAAAGAGAAUAAAAAUAAAUAUAAAUGGAAGGAACUAUUAAAGCACCAUAACUACUACAGUAAACUUGGACAGACUGCUGUAAACUCUGCUUUCAGCCAAUAAGCCCAGCCCUGCACAAUUGGGUUUCGUUCAAUAGCUGACAGUCUCAGCCAAUGAGCUAGCCGUGCACUUCAGGGCUUAGCUCAUGAGAGAUAAUGGAAGCUCCUGCUUAGGAUAAUAGGAUAAUAUCACUUUUUCCGCCUCAAAUUUCACUAGUGAGAAGUCACUAGUAAAGUCUUUACAAUUCCUGGUCUAAUAAGUAACCUUUUUCAUGGCAAUAGUAAUAAGGUGUGUGAAGUGAUGGGACAGCAAAGUGAAUUUAGGUCAAAAUAUCCUUUUUGACUUCCCAACAAGUUUGGUUCCCGCCCCCUCCUUUUAACUAGGUCAGUACUUCCAUACAGUAGUGAUUUAUAGUGGAACAAUGCGGUGUCCAUUAAAUUACCAGAUAACAUCAUCCCCAUUACUUGUUGGUACUGUGUGUCUGUGAAGCACAUUCCAAAAAACUAACUUAAUAAGUAGAAAGCUGAAACUUCUGCUUAAACAUGGGAUAUUCUGAAUCUCUAUUUAUGGUUUAUGCUUUAGGCAGUCUGACUUGUUUAAGCAGAGCUCCAGAUUUCUUCAGAUCAGCUGAAAUACCGGUAAUACCAAUUUUUCAUUUUUUAUUCCUUUCUAUUUUUUUUGCACAUAUUCAAUUUUGUUAAUUACCACUCAAAAAUCCUUGAGGUGAAAUUGCUAGACACCUUUCAUUGACUUGAAAUAUGUAUAUACAACUGUAAAAGUAUAGGAUCAUACACAUUUGGGAGGGAAUCAUCUGUUUGUGUGAUCUAUCAACCUUGAACUAGAACGGCAAUCACAGAACUUUGUAGAAAAAGCUUAUUCCACUACUUUAUUGCAUAGCAGUUGGAACCAAGUAGUGACAUUAACUAAAUCCUAUUCAAACACUUUAACCUCAAAGCUGUCUCCAUAGUCCCUGUCAGUUUGAACCCUCUGUCUCUCCUCCUGGUCCUGGCACAAAUUAUAUAUACUAUUAUUAUAUAUAUUUUUUUUUUUAUCCCCAUUUGUGCCAGUGAUCGGCUAAGAAUGUUCGGUAAGAGAAAUGCUUUAGAAUGGUAAGUUUGAGUGAAAAAUGUGCUAUAGUGGGGGAAAAAAAAAAAUCUACAUCUCUGAAACAGCCAGGUCUGUUGUGUUAUAACCAGUGCUGCAAAUUUUGCUCUAGGAUGUGCCUGGGUGAACAAACUAUUUUGCUGCUUUAAAAAAAAAAAUAUAUUUCAUUUGCACAGAUCAGUAAAACAAGAUAUUAAUGAAUUAUUAACACAACCUCCUAUUUUACUACAUUGCCUGAACUAGGAUUUAAAUGAUCUAAUUGCAGGCAGUGUGAUUAGACUGAUUCCAGGUAUCAAUGUCACAAUUUUAAGUUUCAGAUAUGGGGAGUUAAAAGAGAAUAAACAGACACUGUGUCCAAUUUCAUGCUUGUUGGCAGCAACACUUCUUGGUGAAAGAGAUAGGCAUUGGAAAAGUCUAGUUUGAUAGAUCAGUAAUCAUUAACCCAUACUAAUACUCCAGGUUUAGGCACUCCCCUGACCAUUGGGGAUACUGACAAAGUUUUGGAAAUAACUGUUAAAGGGACAUUCUAAGAACCACAACUUCUACAGAUUAACCCCUUAAGGACCAAACUUCUGGAAUAAAAGGGAAUCAUGACCUGUCAUGUGUCCUUAAGGGGUUUAAAGAACCACCAAGUGCAUCCAGUCCACUCUAUCUCAAUGAAGUAGUCACACUGACUGACAGCCUCUAGAGGCACUUCCACUGUAACAGCCAAGUGAUACUCUGUCAUGUGAUGUUCGACGUCCAAGAGGACGUGAAGCGUCUUCAGAUACUGCUCAAAGAAAAGCAUUCAAAUCAAUGCUUUCCUAUGAGAAACAUUUAAUUGGAUUGAUUUGCUGUAUAGUCUCCAAUGUUUUGUGUAAGGAGCAUUGGGUUGGACCAGAACAGUGGAGGUGAUGUGUCCAGUAUGACAUGACAGGCAGCAGGGCCGAGAAAAGCAAGGUAAAAGGAUUUUUACUGGAAUGGGGGAGAGGUGGCAAUAGGUCACUGACAUUUGUUUUGUAUCUUAGAACCAGCUAAAAUUAGAAGCCAUUGGUUUGUGUGUGUGUGUGUGUGUGUGUGUGUGUGUGUGUGUUUUUUUUUGUUUUGUUUUUUUUCUUUCUUUAUUAUAAUGAACAAAGCCUUUUCAACAAAAAUACAAUUCUUAAAGGACCCUAUAGUCACCAGAACCACUUUAGCUUAAUGUAGUGGUUCUGGUGACUAGAGCCUGUCCCUGCAGGUUUCAAUGUAAACACUGGCUUUUCAAAGAAAAGGCAGUGUUUACAUUGCUGCCUAGUAACACCUCUAUUUGCAGUCACCCAGACGACCGCUAAAGUGCUUCCUAUCUCAGCGCUGCACCUACAUUCAGUGUCUCUGUUUUGUGCGUUGAGGUGCUGAAUGUUCACCGUACAGAUGUAUUGAUUAAAUGCAUCUCUGAGGAACUGCUGAUUUGAGGGGAGGGUGAGUAAAAAAUUCUUGUGAUUGGAUGGGGGACUGGUCAUAUAUUUAUUUUCUGGACCCAACAGUCCAUUCUCCACUAACUGACACAUGCGCACACCCACUGACACAUGCACACACCAGAAUUAUGCUUCAAUUAAAUUUAAGUCCACCCAGCCUCCCCACUUUUGGGGCACGCUUUCCCUGGGGUCCACUAAGGAUCCUGUUCCUUGAGUCCAGUUGGGCCUCUGGUCAUCUUCAAGCUCUGCUCCAUUGCUUGCUGUUUAGUGAUGCUAGAGCUGGAGUGACCUCAUAUUUUGGCUCCAGGCUUCACUGCAGGGCAUACAAGAAUAUUACAGCUCACGCACUGCCUGCCUUCAUUGCUUAGAACUGGCCGUCCGCCUCCACAUUCCCUCAGCAGGCCUGUUAUCAGUCUCGCACGUUUGUGUUAACUAAAGUGUGUUUAUUUUUUUUAAAUGUGUGUGUGUAUAUUUUUUUGGUAUUAACACUAUAGGGUCAGGAAUACAGAAUUGCGUUCCUGACCCUGUAGUGUUCCUUUAAUGCCUCUGUGGGGCAAUUUACCCUCAGAGGUAAUUACAGUUUAUACAAAUUGCAGUAAUUACCACUGCAGGGUUAAGGGUGAUGGGAGUUUGCACCAGACCCUUCAAUGAGCUGAAGUGGUCUGGGUGCCUACAGUGUCCCUUUAACUCCAGAGUGCACUAUGUCUCUUGACACAGACCACUGUCUAUGAUUUUGCUGUAAAUUACAGAAAUCCUUCUCAGCCAAAAACAAGCCUCUCUGUGUGAUAAAUGGCCAAUGUGACAAAGGUUAUUCAUGUACACUCUAAUGACUUGCAUGGCUUUGCUCUGCCUGACACUGAAACCAGCCAAAACAUUGCACUCCUUCCCUAUAACCAGCAUUUAUCUUCCAAAGACUAAUCAACUGUGUACUCCUUUUGUAAAUUACAUUCUAUUUGGUGUAAUCAUGUCAGAGGUUUUGCUCUUUCAUUAUAUUUUAUGGGAUAAGGUGCUAAUAUGAACAAAGUCCUAUUGGCAUUUUAAACAAAUGAGCUCUGAAGCUAGAGAAAGUUAACACUUAUUUUACAUCACUAUUUCAUUUAUUUGAAGCCCUGCUUUAUGUCUGUUUGAAAGCUAGAAGUAUGUUUGGUUACUACAGCAUUGUUUGCAUGUGAUUCAGUGGGGCAGAUAUGGUGGAUUUUCCUUAUUUACUUUUCGUUUAGUGAAACGUAUGUCAGAUUUACUUCUAGAAUUUUAUUGUAGAGUUCAUCUAGCAAAGCAGGCAUUCCAAUUUUGUGACUCCUAUGCAAAAUGUGACCAGUCAGUAGUACUAGGCUUGCACAGCACUCUUUGACAGGUUUAGCAGAUUAAGAUGAGACUUUAGACACAGAACCCAUCUACACUGCAAAUGAGGUUUGUGUAUGUGUUUGCGUGGGUCUCUAAAGUAUUCAAACACUUAUGAAAACCACAUUGCAUCUAUACAUAUAGUACAGCCUUAACAUUGUAUGUAUUCUGAUAACAGAUAUUCAGUGAUUCAUGCUAUUUUGAAUAAAGCCAGUCAUAUUACUGUAUGAGUGUUCUUGUGAAAAUGUAAUCCUUUUUUGAGUUUGUAAUUUAUUCUAAAACCUAGUUUGCUCGCUUUUUUUUUUUUCUUCUUCUUUUUUCCCCUCUCUCUCAAUGGCACACAGUAGGCAAUGACCAUAUCCUGACUGUGUAUUUCACACGACUGAAAAACAUUCAUUACCUAAAGCCAUUCGAACAUGUAAGACUAUGCAAGUUAGAAAAAGGUUGGCUUAUUCUGUGCAGGAAAUGUCUGAGGAUGACUCGAGCCUAACUCCAUUCCCUGUGUGUUCAUUUUAUGUGAAAACGAGGUGGGCGAAUUUUCGAAGAAAGUUACAUGGUAUAAAGUAAAAAAAAAAAAAAAAAACACACUCUAAAAUUGCUGUAGUUGUUGUGGUGGCAGAAGUACCCUGGCAUAAUUUAUGUGCCCUUGUAAGGAGUCAAAACCUUUUUAAACUUUGCCUUCUUAGUUUGGGUCUACUUCCGCUAUGUGUGGCGUAGAUGUGGAAGUUCCUAAGCCAGAACUUCUGUUAAUUCUCCUGAGCUAAUUGCUCUCAAACAGUUAGCUACGCUAUGCACUCCCGGUAUUCGGCUGGAAGUAGAGAAAGCUGGGACUGCACUCUGUGGACCCAGGUAAAAGGUUACGCUAUUCAAAAACUGUUCAACUUCUUCCAAUGGGGUAGUGCCAAGGCAAUCUGACACCAUAACCACUUAGUUCUCAUUUGCAUAUUUUAUCUAGUCCCCAAUAAGAAGGGGUGUUGCUAUGCGCCAAAAAGACCAACUGAUUCUAAACAAUAGGCAAAAAGCAUCUUUGUCUGUGUAGGAAAUGUAGUGUGUGUGUGUGUGUGUGUUUUUUUUUUUAUUUAUUUUUUUAACCAGUCUAGCAAUGAAAGGGUGCCAAAAUCAUGCCUAGGGGGGCUUUUCAGCACGCCUCUUCUGGCUUCUGCCCUCCGCAAUGCCAACAAGUUUCUACUGUGUCCUCACACCGAAUAUCUCAGAGCAAAAAUCUAUAUAUCCUGAUAUACAUGGUAAAGUUCAUGGUUUGAUUAUAAUAUUUUAAGUCUGAAUUUAUAUUUAAUUCUUUGUUUUCUAUAAAAUGUAGUUGUUAAAGGCUUGAUGCAAAUAAACUUAGUUUAUUCUUGAAUUUUUAAUCCUGUUUGCAUUUUCUUUCCCUGCUACAGAAUGUCCGUAUCGAUCCCUCUAGCGGGUUUGCUUUUGAGAUGUGGCGGGACCUCCCAGUUCCUUUCUACAUGUCUAUUUACAUCUUUGAAGUUGUAAACCACAAAGAAGUUGUUCUCGGGGAGAAACCAAGAGUCCGGGAACGAGGCCCAUAUGUUUACAGGUACGAUAGUCUAUAGAAUGGUUUAAUGAUCGUUGUUUCCAUAAUGUGAGGUUUUCUUGAAUACUUCAUUUUUAUUUAUUUUAAAUAAUAACAUUAAAAUCCAAAUAAAUAAAACAAGUAGCCAAUCAACCAUACCUUGGUAAUGGUCCAAACCUUAUGUAGUAAACCUGUUAAAGGAUACCUUUGCUUUUAAACCAUUACAUACAAACAUAGAAACAUAGAAUGUGAUGGCAGAUAAGAACCAUUCGGCCCAUCUAGUCUGCCCAAUUUUCUAAAUACUUUCAUUAGUCCCUAGCCUUAUCUUAUAGUUAGGAUAGCCUUAUGCCUAAUCCAGGCAUGCUUAAACUCCUUUACUGUGAUAUCCUCUACCACUUCAGCUGGAAGGCUAUUCCAUGCAUCCACUACUCUCUCAGUAAAGUAAUACUUCCUGAUAUUAUUUUUAAACCUUUUGUCCCUCUAAUUUAAGACACUGUCCUCUUGUUGUGGAUGUUACAUUGUUAUAACUGCAAGUUUAGCUAAAAAUAACAAAUGUGUCUGGGCAUCUUGAUAAAGAUAUCAGACAAGGAUACUGUACAGAAUAUUCAUUGUAACGUGGGUGAUUCCUACAGGUAUUGAUUUAACUCUAACAACCAUUUGAUUUAUGACCGUUUUGAUAUCACUUGGAUUUUCAGAAAUCAAAUAUGUGACAAUGUCCUAAAAUGGACUUUAAUUCUGCUAAAUGUAAAUUAUCAGUGUAAAUCCACAGCAGCGAGACAAAAUCCUUGCAUUUUAAAUGUUUCACAAUUUAAAAAAAAUAAAAAAUCUGUACGAACGGUUUUCUACGAAGCAGGAACGAAGGUCAAACAGAAUUCAGAUCCUUGGUGCAAGUUGAAAAACAUCUGUAAUCCUUGGUAAAAAUGAUAGAUUAUUAUUGACAUGACCUAGAACGCUCUGAAUGACUUUUGUUGACGUCCGACUCCUUACAAUGUCUGGUCUCCUUGGCUGGUACAGCAGAUGUUGGUGGAAACUUUUUGAUGCAUUUUGAUCUCCAUUGGCUGACCAGACUACUGAUUUGCCUUGAACCACUGUCAGUCUGUCCAUCUAUCUUGUAAAAAUAUCUUGAUGGUUACUGACUUGCAUUCUGUUAGUUAUGUAUUCUUUAUAAUGGACUAUUCAGGUCUGGUUAGAUCAAAAAUGUCUUAAAUGUCAGUUUUGUUCUCUAUGACAGAAGCAUGAUCUGUUAAUAUAAUCACCAUUUGUUUUUCUUUCAGGGAGUACAAGCAAAAGACCAACCUCACUUUUCAUGAUAAUGGAACGGUCACAUUCAUAGAAAAUCGUACAUUUUUCUUUGCACCUGACAAAUCUGUAGGCUCAGAAGAUGACUAUAUGAUAGUCCCAAACAUUAUUCUUUUGGUAAGCGUUUCCGCUGAGUUAGGUUACGUAGUCUAUACCACAGGACUCAUUUUUAUGUAGGUCACAUUUUAGGUUUUUCCAGUUUUAAAGGCAAGCUAUAAGCUGUCUAUAUACAAUUAAAUUAUUCAGAUUUUAUUUAUACUUGGAUAAAAAAAACGUACAAGGGCCAGUUGGCAUUUCUCUUCUAACUGCAGCAAUUUGCAAAUAUACUACAGGUGAUUGUACGUUGCACUUUAUACAGGCCACCCCUACAACCAUUGCAGAGAACUUUCUGCAAAGAUUUUCAGAAGUAAGCUGGCAAAUUUGUGUAAUAAAUAUAACAUUAAUGGUAGUUUGCUUUUAACUCAUUCUGUAUUUCAUUCAAACUGGACAAACUGAACCUUCAAAUGCGACUAUGAUUGGAAUAAUUGUUUUUGAUUUUGAGAUAUAUAUUUUUUUUUUCUCCUUUUUGUCAACCAUCAGGCUUCAUCAAUAAUGGUUAAAGAUUUGUCUCUUCCCAUUAAAUGGAUUAUCAGCGGUGCAUUUGCAACUUUUAAUGAGGAACCCUUCAUGAACCGUACAGUAAAAGAAAUAUUAUGGGGCUACGAAGAUCCAUUUUUGGAUUUUAUAAAUAUGAUUCUGCCUGGCAAACUUCCUUUCAAAGACAAAUUUGGCUUAUUUUCAGAUGUAAGUAUAAAAUAAGUUUGUGGUUUGUUAGCUUGUGUGUUUUUUUUAUUUAUGAAUGUAUGUAUUUAUUUUCUGCUUUUUAGACAUGUUAUCCUAGAGCUGGAAAGGAGCUCUACUGAAAAAAGGCACUUCACCAGUUAUCUGUGUUCCAUGUUAAAUGUUAAUUAGUUAAUAAAUUGUCUUAAUCUGCCACAAACUGGAAUGCAUUUACUGUAACUCUUCCUUUGCAGUAUGAAAGCGAAAAACAACUGAGCAUUGUUUCUAAAGGAUGAUAGUGCUGUUGCUAUGCUGUACAUUCUUUGCAUCUCUAUUCGACAUUGGAGUAGGCUUAUCAAAUUGAGAAUUUUUAUAUAGAAAUUGCGAUUUCAUAUAAUUGUGAAAUACUUGUGGACUUGUUAUAAUAUGUUAAUUUAUUGGAGUUUAUUUAUAACCCUAUAAUCUGGUUUGACAUGUAAAUCCGAAUAUAACUUUCCAAUUAUUUUAUUUAUAUAGCGCCAGCAAAUUCCGUAGUGCUGAACAAUGGGUGAACUAACAGAUACGUAAUUGUAACCAGACAAAUGGACGCACAGGAACAGAGGGUUUGAGGGCCCUGCUCAAUGAGCUUACAUGCUAAAGGGAGUGGGGUAUAGUGACACAAAGGGUAGAAGUAUGAACAAAAAGUGACAGAUUACUUUCAUCUAAGGUGGACACAGGGCCGGCCCUGGCUAUAUGUUUGUGCUGCGGCCGCCCCUCCAUCAACUUAGAUUAUUCUGGGUAUGCCGCCAGCCAUUUUACCGGGCCCUCGGAAGCACUUACAUUGUUGCUGACUAGCGCCCGGUAGCAUACCCGUCCAGCGGCAUACUCAACAUCCCUAAGAGACUGGUCCCUCCCAGGCAUCCAUUGCAGUGGCAGUGCGCGGGUGCUUUAAUUCCUCUGUACGUGGGGAAAAGUGGGCGGGAGCAUAACAGGAACAGGUAAAUAUGCAGAGAAAGGAUGUGAUGGGCAGCCAGGCACAGGCAAUGACGGUAAGGUAUGUCAGAGAAUGUGGAUUAGUCUGCUUCAGUCAGUAUGUUUGUCUGUCUGUCUGGGUCAUUGUGUGUGUGUGUGUGUGCAUAGGCCAGUAUGUGUAUAUGAGUCUGUGUGCAUCAGUGUACAUGGGUUAGUGCGUGUGUGUCUACUUGAGUCAGCAUAUGUUGGUCUGCAUGAUUGGGUGAAGCAAAUGGGGCGGCAAAAAUGCCCUGGGUGGAUAGAUCACCAUAAUGAAUUUAUCUUAACAGAUUUGAAAACAGUCAGGUGGGUGCAACCACGAGCUGUUUUUAAAAUAAGUAACAAACUCCUUUUGAUUGGAUAGUGUCUUUGACUCCUUACUGGUGGAAUUACAAGUGAAUGAUGCUUAAUUGGCUCCAGAUAGGAAUGCUUAGGUAGUCUGUGUUUAUAACCUUUAUUGUACAAUGAAUGUAGUGUUAACCACUACUUGAAACAUCUAAUUUAAGUUUUAGGCUUUUGUGAUGGGUAAACAAGAUGCGCUAUUCCAAAAGGUCUCUAGAAUUUAAGCCAUUUUGCAAACUCCAAUAUGAAGGAAUCCAUGAAUGUUUGUUAAUAAUUACCAGUAUUCCUAGGCUCCAGCAGUGACCGAUUGUGCAGGAAAGUUUGAGCAAAUAUUCGCUACCUUCAUACACAUUUCCCCUGUGUAGUAUUUUUUUUAUGCAGCGUGACAAAAUGUUGUUAAUCACUUUUAUUUAUUUAUUUUAUUCUAGUUCAACAAUUCAAAUACUGGUGUAUUUACUGUGAACACAGGAAUAAAAGACAUUACCAAAGUACAAAUGAUUGAUACAUGGAAUGGGCUUACAGAGGUAUGGUGUGUUUUUUUUUUUUUUUUGUUUUUGUUUUUUUUUCCAAUAAUUUGUGUCCUUAUUUUCUGAUAUUUUAUUUCUAAUGCCAAUUUAUUCUCUACUUCUUUUCUCGUACUUAACCAGAUGCUAUGGAAUGGUAUCUGUAUCAGAUGUUGUUGUUGUUGUUGUUUGUUUUUUGUUAUUGUGCGCAGUCUAUAUAAAAUCCCUCUGUCCAGCUCACUCUCUCUGGGAGUUCUAGUGGUUUAUAAUCUGGGUGCUCUGACCUCACUGAUGCAUUAUUUUGUUUUAAGAAAGACUUCCAAAUUACCUGUCGUGGCAUGUUGAGUCUGGCAUAAAUAGGCAAGCUCAAUCCUUAAUUAACCAGCAAUGCACGUGCAGUACUGUUGGUAAUUCUGCAAGAGUAAAACAUGGCAUUGGAUGUAAAUUAAACUAUUCUAAUGGUAUCACUAGAACUUGGGAGCAAACAGGACUGCUGUUUACAGGUCCCAUCUUGGAAAUGUACAGGCCAGGCAAGAACAGCUGUAAUGUAUAAUGUUCCAUCCUGCCUGUUUUGAGCCUGGUCUCUCACAUCCAUAUAGCUUGGGGUGUGCAUACAAGAGCCAAACUUGAUGUAUGAUUUUAACAUCACACAAUAGACAUUGUAAGAACCAAAACAAGAUUGGCUUAAUAAAGCAGUUUUGUUGUACAGGCCAUAUCCUUGCAGACUUGCUACUUAAUUAACUGCCAUUAAAGAGUAAAAUCACUGAUGUUUCGGUUUAUGGAGCCCUACCCAAACCUCCUCUAUGAAUCCCACAGCCUCAAGAAAAAAUUUAUUUUUGUUUUCAAUACGCAGAGUUUUUUUCUCUUUAGAAGUACUUAUCUCCUGUCUGUUAAUAGGGGAAGUGUAAAACCAUUUAGACGUUAAGGAAGGGUGUAGGGAUGUGUGACAAGGGCUCCUUAAAUAGUGAUUUAAUUCCUAAAUGGCAGAUAAUUCAACAGUAAAACUGCAAGGGCAUGAUCUAUACACUAAAGCCAUAUCAUUGAACAGUCAUUUUUGCUUAGUGCCCCUUAAAUUCAGACCAUAGCUAUACGGCAGUGUUGCCCAAUUGGUGUUCCAUGGAAACCUAGGGUUCUGCGAGAAUAAAGUUGGGAUUCCGCUGUGAUUUGCCCAUCAGGUGGCCCAAGCACUAAGGCAACCCGGUUGGUAUCGCUGAACAGGGGGCUGCUCCUCUGUAGUAUCAGAUGCUGGGAGGAAGUGACCGCUAUGAUUUUGGAACACUGUGUCAAAGGAUUCCAUGGGAAAAAUUAAUUGGGAACCCAUGCUACAGGGUGAUGCUUGAACUAGGACAUUCCUGUGAUCGAACUAUAGCUGCACUGUAAUGCAAAUUGUCUGCACCUAAUGGUUGCUCUGUAGACUCUGUAUCUGGAUUUAUCCCAUUGUACUCUGAGGUUGCUUGUGUCUUACAUCAUGCUGUUCCUGCUUUAUGCCAGAUGUGACAUAAAAGUAAGUUUUAAUGUAACACUGCAAAAAUGGCUUUAUGGCUUAUUUACUAAAAUGAGAAUUCAAAGUGAAUUUCAAAUUUAAAGUCAAAUUUGAUACACUGGGAAAAAUUCUAAGUGUAUUUUCAGCUCUGCUACUGUGGCAUUAUAUUGACGUUUUUAUUAAUUUUGGGACUUGUAUAUGGAUCGCUUGAUCCUUAAUUGAACUGUUCUAAAUGUGACUUUUUUAUUUAUUUUUUUAGGUUGAUUUUUGGCAUUCUAAUCAAACUAAUAUGAUCAAUGGGACUGCUGGCCAGAUGUGGCCACCUUUCAGGAAGCCCUCCGAACCACUUCAGUUUUAUAGCCCAGAUGCCUGCAGGUAAUGGGGUCUCUUCAACAUAACUUGUCCUACUGACAUAAAAUCAAAUCUGCCUUUCUCUGAAUAUCUUUGAAUACAGAAUGCUUUGGCUUGUAGCAAUUUUAUGUUAGAUUAUAUUUGACCUUGAUGCAGACACUGGCUGUAGUAAUGCUUGCGUAAGCCAUUCAAAUGUCAAGUGGGUGCUCCAUUUUGGUAUCCUUCAAAACCAAAACAAAUCUCAAGGUUUUAUGGAACAUGUACAUUUUUUAGUGAUGAUGCCAAUAAGAUAACGUGAUGGAGGUUGGCCCAUUAGCCGUUUUAAUUGCUAUCUCUGAAUCAAUAGUACUGCAGUGGAAAUGGGAACAGUCAAUACUGUUAGGUUCACCUAUUACUGUAGUUUUAAGAUGUAGAUGUUGUUGUAACAAUCUGAGAUCACACUAGCAAGGAUAGGAAAGUAAAGAUAUCCUGAAAGGGCUACUAUAGUACCAGGAAUACAAAGCUGUAUUCCUGGCACCAUAGCUUCCUCUGGUUAAAAAAAACCCAAAACCUUUAUUUACUCCAGGCCCAAGACGAGCAGGCACUAAUGCGCAUGUACAGCAAAUGCUGUAUUUCCUCGUGCAGAGCGCUAGGACAUCAGCAUCAGAUACCGAACCAAAGAUCUGUUUCAAUUCAGGAAGCCAUCUGGUAGACCGCCACUGAGGGCAGACUUAGAGCUGCAAUAUAAACAUUGCUGUUUUUUCUGGAACUGCAAUGUUUAACAUUGCAGCACUAAGUACAAAACGGACAUUGAACCCAGACCACUUUAAUUAGCUGAAAUGGUCUGGGUGCCUAUAGUGUCCCUUUAAAUAGUUCAGGAAAAAAGGGUAAGCAAAUUCUAUAUCAUGGCUAUACUGAUAUCCAGGUCUCAAAAUUAUCCCUUGCUCUCUAGCAAUUGGUAAGUGACAGAUCAUCCCUGGUGAUGUGCCAUGGCCUUCUGGGCUUGCAAUAGUAAGUAUUGUUUUGGCUGGUCUACAAUCACAAGGGAAUCAAAUGGUAUGUGUGUACCUGAAAGAAUGAGAGGUGUUUGAGAGGAGGGAGCACAGGAGACAGCAGAGAGAGGUUUUAAGGCAUGAGAUGUUGGCUGAUUUCUCUAAAGGCAGGAGUUCAAACCUGUUGAACUCAUGCAUGUUGAGUCUAUGGUGGAGGUAACAAGAAUGUGAUCAGAGAUUGCUGAUGGAGCAAAGAGACCAUAUCUUCUCAUGGUGGUGGAGAUAUAGGAAAGGGCAAAGUUAUGGAGAGCAUCGUAGGUAAGGAGAGACUUGGGUGAGAUUUGAGAGUUCCAGGACACAUGGAGGAUGAGUCUGGUAGUCAUUCAUUAUGGACUGUAGAAGGGAAAUCUUGGUUCUUUUUUUCAGGCCAACAAGCAAAGGGUUACAAUACUCAAGGUGGGGAACAAUAAGCGCAUGGAAAAGCAUUUUGGUUGCAUCCUGGGGGAGAAUGGUGUGUAGGCGAAAAUUGUUUCAAAUUAUGAGUUGGCGUUCAGUCUGUAAGUAAAGUGUAACAAGGCUUUCAAGGAGCGCAGAGACCUAGGGACGAAGAGAGGACAAUAGGAAAAGAAUCUAAAGAGAAGGAUUAAAAAAAAUAAUAAUGGUGUAAUCUGUGUUUUUGGACAAGGGGAUCUUAUUAAUCACUAAAUAGAAGAGGGCUUUGUUAUCUCUCACAGUUAUAUGGAGUAAAUCCUCAAAUCAUCAUUAGCAGAUAAGUGACUAAAUAGUCAGCUAACGAAGAGCUGCAUAUAUAGUCUUACAAUCCUGCACUGUGUGUUAGAGGGCACUUAUCAUUGUGGGCUAAAUCGCUAUCCUUCUGGUAGCUCUAACUGUAGUUACAAAUUUCAAAUCUAUGGCACAGUCGUUCAGCGGUAUUGGGAUUGCCAAGCCGUAGCUCAUAUUAAAACAGGCUAUGGGCUUUAAUUUGCAUAGCGGGAUUUCCAGGCAAGUAAUUUGUAGUUUGUAAUGCUGAAAGGAAAACUCCUAAGCAGAGCCCCAACGAGCUUAUCAACAGGCAGGCUCUUACGAGGGAAAUGAGACUGAUCCCUGGAAGGAGUUGUAUAUCAGGUAAAAUGACCUAGUAGGUCCCAGUAGCCUCCUCAGCUCAUUAGAGGAAAUGUCAAGCACCCUAACCACAAUUUAUGUAAUGGUUAUGGUGUCAGAAUUGCUCUAAUGCCCUCUCAGUGCAAGUAGGAGAACAAUUUGAUCAGGACUUGCAUGGAUGUACAAUAUUGACCAUCGACCAUAAAAAAAAAAAGUCUGCCAUGCAAUCUUUAGGACCAUAAAGGGCAACAUGUCACUCCAUGUUUGUCUCCUGAAUCAUUUCUCUUGAUCUUCAACUCAUGGAAUAGGAACUCAAAAUCCGAAAAUAACGAAGAAAAAAAAAACCGAAUAAACAAGUAUUCUAUGCAAUAACUUUUUUUUUUUUUUUUUACACUCCCUCUUUAAAAUAGUGAAUUUAAAAUUGCAGAGAUCUUAAGUAAAUGAAAUCUGGACUUUACUCUCUUUUGAGUGUUCUGAUUCUUUUGUUGAUAGUUUUUUUUUUUUUGUGAAAUUUUUUUUUUUAUCCUUUCAAAAAAUAAAAUGUUUCCUCUGUGACUACUGUUUUUCUGUGAUGUGACAUUUGACACACUAAAGACUUCUCCAGGGCAUAGCGGUUUAUCGAUCACCAAGUAACCAAUGCACAGUGUAGACAAAUUACUAAAUCUGCAAAUAUUAUCUGAAUGUAAACUCACCCUCCCCUUGUUCUAUUGGCUCAUAAGCCAGAAGGUUGACGCAGAGAAUAAAAUGCAUUGUGUGUUUUGGUCUCUUUUGCAUAAUCAUGUCAGAUGAAAAAUAAAUCCGACUGGUUUUAUAAACUGCACCUCCAACUCCAAUGUUUUUUGCUUUGUUUUUUAUAUUUAUUUAUUUUUUGCUCACUCUCUUUAAAUUAAACUGGAAAAAACCCUCCAAAGCGCCUUUAAAAUCAAAGAUUGGGAGCCAUGCCUUAUAACAAACUAUGGGAUGCACCAGAAAUCUGUGCUUUUAUUUUGAAAUACUGCAAAAGUCCAAUUGCCCUUUUUGACUCCAUUUAGUAUUGCCAGGCUGGGGAAAUAAUAGCUCUAGAUGCGUGCACACACAGCUAUACAAUCGCUAUAUAGCCUCCCAACUCAGAAUGGUCCCAUCUUGUGGUAUGAUUAUCCUGCUCCAUGGUACCCCCCUUACCCCCCCCCAUAAUAUUGUGUAAAAUACUCUCCCUACAAACACACUAGACUACUAAUUACCAGUUCCCAUCCUGAGGCUGCACUUUGGGUCUCUCGUCUGUGGAGUCCCACUUUUAUAAUGACACAUGGAGGACUGUAUUUGCCACACCUGGGAAAGUACUAUGUUCAGGGGAAGGGGUGAGGGCAGUAGCUGUCACAGGCAGGGGUGUAUUUACCACAAGGCAUUUGCCUAGUGCCUCAGUUUCAGGGGGGUGGCAAAAAACACUGCCCCAGGUAAAUGCCUUGUGUACUGGGGGGGGGGGGCAAGAGCUGGCUGCCACCUUAGGGCCCCCCUAGGUGUUAAAGUACUAAUAUUCUAGUCGGGGUGAUGAGGGAGAUAUGUCAUUUUAGAUUAAAAAAAAUAUUAAUUGGUGAGUGUAUGAGAAAGUAUGUGUGUGUCUGUCAGGCAAAGAAAAGGCCUUGACACGAAUUGGUGGGGCAAAUUUUAGAUAAGGGGGUUCCAAAAUUAGUCGUGCGUAGGGCAGCACAAAUCCUACACUACACCACUGGUCACAGGGCCAUGACCUCAAGCCUCACCUUGUAUAGCAAACACAGAGGGAGAGAAGGCAGCAUGCUGACCGCUUUGCAACAUAGUGUUGAGCAUCUGCUGUCUCGCUUGGAUUGACCUAGAAAUACACAAGAUUCCCAACCUAGAGCUUUCCUGGAUGGGAACCAUGGUCUAUAGCUUCCCCUACUUCUAGGGUAUCUGCCAACUAUUCAGUGGCCAGCCUGCCUUUACAAAUGGCUUAUUUUGGCAAAUGGCUGCCUGUUGGUUGCAUCGGUUCAUUUAUAUGUCUGACGUGAUAAAUAAUUUAUUAGUCAUAAAUGAAAAACAAGUGGUGGGUGUGUUGUGUUUGGUUUUUAAUGGUAAUGAUCCCAAUAAAACUUGAAUUCCAUGUUGUAACAACACAACAUGGACACCUCCAUGGUGGUAAAUAUUUAUUUGUGUGUGUGUGCGCACGCCUUAUUUGUAUUGCACACAACCUACCACUCAAACCUCUUUAUGAGCAGAUUUUAUUUUUUAGUGGGGAGGGGAAAGGGGGCAAAAGUUAUUUUAUUUUAGGACUCUGAAUCCAUCAGUAUGUCUACUCUUAAGGAGCUUAGCUGACUAUUCUUGUCUUUCCUGAUUAAAUGUGUUACAUGUUGAUGCAAUGCCAGUUCUUUUGUCACGCUGUUAGAUUUAACUUUCAAAGCAGAAGGCAUACUCGCCAGAGGGAUAUAAAUAGUAGCUGAGCAUGAGAACCACGUGAAGGUGGGUUCUCCUCCUCUUCUCUUGUCACUCACAUCUGGGAUAGAUCUCUAGACAUUAUUUGAUAGGGGAGGGGAGGAACUUGUUUUAAUAAUUACAUUUGCUAAUAAUUACAUGCCUCUUGGACUGACAUCCAGCAAUUUGAAGGAAUAUAGUUUUGCCUGAGUGCAAGGAUUCUAUGAAUCUAGUUAUUUAUAUUUAUUAACGUGUGUAUGCAAAGAGACUCCUAAAGCCUAAACAUUUGGGGGUUUGUGUUUGUUUGUUUAAAUAUAUUUUUAUUUUUAUCACAGGUCUCUGACAUUUGUGUAUAAAGAGGAAUCGGAAUUCAGAGGAAUACCCACUUAUCGUUAUAGUGCCCCAGAUUAUCUCUUUGCAAAUGGAACAGACUAUCCUCCAAAUGCUGGAUUUUGUCCUUGUUUGGCUUCCGGAGUGCAGAACAUGAGCUCUUGCCGAUUCAGUAUGUAUAAUCUUUAUCACCUCCUUCAGUACCAAAACCGUUCUCUUUACAUUUGUGUGUGUGUGUGUGUGUGUGUGUAUAUAUAUUCAAGGAGUUGUUACUUUAAGGGACACUUACUUCAAGCACUAUAGCUUUUUAAAGAGCUUUUGAUACUAGAAAGCGGUCCCAUUAUAUUAUAUUAAAGUAACAACUCCUUGAAUUGUUACCUGUUGUAUGAGGAUAAAAGUUAUUCUUAGAAAUGGAUAAAACUAUCAAACAUUCUAAAAUGGUUUGACUCCAUAGAUUAGGGAUGCAAGUGUUCACAAAGUCAGGAUUGUCAUCCUAGGCAGAUUUAUUGGAGAAGAACAAACGCAAGGCUUUCGGUUCACAAAGGAGCCUUUAUCAAGCUGCAAUGUGAGCCGAAACGUUGUGAUUUUUCUUCGCUAAUAAAUCUGCCUUGGACUACGUUACGGACUUUGUGAACUGUCCUUUCUACUGUUGUCUGUAAGGGAAGUAUACCUUGGGCUUGCUGCACUCAGGAAGUCCUCUCUGCAAGUGCCUGCUUACUUUUGUGUAUGUACAUUCUUUAACCCCUUAAGAACACAUGGCAUGUGUGAAAUGCCAUGAUUCCCUUUUAUUCCAGAAGUUUGGUCCUUAAGGGGUUAAAGGGACACUAUAGUAAGUAGAACUACAGCAUAUUGAAUUUGUUCUGGUACGUAGAAUCAUUACCUUCAAGCUUUUUGCUCUAAACACUGUCUUUUCAGAGAAAAUGCAGUGUUUACAUUACAGCCUAGUGAUAACUUCAGUGGCCACUCCUCAGAUGACUGUUAGAGAUCCUUCCUGGGUCAUGGCUGCCUAAAUUGCAUCCAAACAUUCAGUGUCUCCUCCGUCUGCAUGCAGAAACUGAACUUUCCUCAUAGAGAUUCAUUGAUUCAAUUCAGCUAAAUGAGGAGAUGCUGAUUGGCCAGGGCUGUGUUUUGAAUCAUGCUGGCUCUGCCCCUGAUCUGCCUCCUUGUCAGUCUCAGCCAAUCCUAUGGGGAAGCACUGUGAUUCGAUCAGGCUACCACUCCUGAUGAUGUCAGCAGACUGCUUGUUUUUCUGAGUCUAACCGCAUGCAGAGUUAUAGCUUCAAGCUUGAAUACAGUAAGAUUUUUACUAUAUUUAUGGAGGCAUGAGGGCCCCGGGGGAGCUAGAUGGUGGUGUUAACACUAUAGGGUCAGGAAUACAUGUUUGUGUUCCUGACCCUAUAGUGAUCCUUUAAGAAGCACACUAUAGUGGUUAUGGUGCUUGGAGUGUGUCUUUAACUUGUUUGUGACAUUAAUUUUGACAAUAUGUGACAAGCCAAAUGACAUGAACAUGUUAAACAUCUGUUUGUGUCUAUUUAUAUAAAGUAAUCCUUGUCCACUGAACUGAUAAUGAUUAUAUUUAAUAAACACUGUGCACCAUUCCUAAAGGAUCAAGCCAUAAAGAAUUGUGUUUUUUUUUUUUUUUUUGCAUAACAUACAGACUUUGUAUUUAACACUAGCCUUCUAGUUUUAGUAUAUUUUCAGGUAGCUCUGUUCAACACGCUGGGUGCCAGAGUAAUGAGCUGUGCUUUGCAAAUGCUUAACCUAUGUAAGGAGGGGUUAAAGUAGUCUUUAUGACGGGACUUUGUAACCAUUCAUAAUGCAUUCAUAUAGUGUAUUUUAAUAAGUUCUGACAUGACUUGGUGAAAGAAUCAUUGUGAUCAUACAAAUCUGCACGGAGCAACUAGCCCGCGUUCAGUGGUCUGUUCAUUAUAGCAUGAAGUGGCACACUUGUGUACUCUCAAAUAAUGUGACUCAGAGCAUGGGACAGAAGGAGCAUUUACAAAGGAUCAGUUCUCUGACAUGCAUUCUACGUAUUUUUUUUUUUUUCCACUAAAACUACAGCGGUUAAGUGUAAUUACCUCCCCCGAUUCAUUUUUUUUUUUUUUUUUUUUAAAUGUUUAUUCUCUUAUUAAGGUUUCAGAAUGUUGUUGUGUUUUUUUUUGUUUUUUGUUUUUUUUAUAUAUAGAUAACAUUCAAAUGUUUAUAUGGUUAACUGCCAGGAUUAAUAGUCUAAAGUGCCUUUCUGUUUUUCAUCCAGAUGCGCCUCUGUUCCUGUCUUUCCCUCAUUUUUACAAUGCAGACCCUGGUUUUGUGGAGGCUGUGGAUGGGCUGCAUCCCAAUGGAGAGCUGCAUUCUCUCUUUCUAGACCUGCAUCCUGUAAGUUUAUCAUUUUACAGCCUUGCAUGUUGCAGGAUAUCACCCCUUCCUAACAUGACUAUCAUGGUUUAACACACGUGGUGUUUUUGUUGUUUUUAUUUAAUUUUUUUUCCCCAUUUACUCCUAGCAUCAGAUCUUUUAAUGGCGUAAGCUGUUAUGAACAAUAGAAGCAUUCUUUAACUUCCAGGUUAACAGUGAAAGCUACAGUACUUGUUGGUGAAAGGCGUUCCAUGCACAUUAAUGGAGCCAUUCAGAACAUGUGGAAACACUUGUUUAGAGAACAGUGUGGCACAGAUGAGACUUUUUAGCUGCACUAAAUCAUGUGGGCAGACUUUGUUUCUAUUGAAGGGUUGGUUUUUUUGUUUGUAAGUGUCUCUUUAACUAUUUCUGAAUGGUGACAUGUUGGAAAAAUCCAUAUGAAGCACAUUUUUUUUAGUCCAAUAAAACUAAUCCCUAUAAUGAACACAUGCUGUUCUUGCUUAAACAUGUAAACAAUGCCACUGUAUUUUAAACUGCACAUCAAGGUAGAAAAAUUGAUAUCUUAUAGGACAGGCAUUUGGUCUUAAGUCUGUAUGAAGGAGGAACCUCGUUAUGAGGCACAAUGACCUAAUCGCAGUUAAAUCCAAAGGCUAUUGCUCCAUACUAAUUCUUCUUGACCUCUCUGUAGCCUUUGACAUUGAUAAUGUGCUCCUUCUCCAAACUCUUCAAUCCCUCAGUCUCUGUGACACUGUCCUCUUGUGGUUCUCCUCCUAGCUCUCCCAACGUUCGUUCAGUGUCUCCAUUUGCAAUGACACCUCCUCCUCUCGUCCCAAGGAUCUGUUCUUGGUCCCCUUCUGUUCUCCCUUUAUACUUCCUCUCUUGGCAAACUCAUUAACUCCUUUGUAUUCUGCUACCAUCUGUAUGCCGACUACACCCAGAUAUAUCUCUCCUCCCCUGAUCUCUCCUCCACGGUCCUACAACAUGUCACUGCUUGUCUUUCUUCAAUCUCUGAUAGGAUGUCUUCCUGCUUUCUGUAACUGUCUCUCUACAACUUCGCUUCUUGUCUUUUCCCCCCUCAAAAUGCUGAUCUUCCUCCAUGUUCCCUGCAAGUUGAUACUUGCAUCAGUCCAUCCUUGGAAGCUUGUUGUCUUGGUGUUAUCUUUGAUCCCUCACCUUUGCACCUCAUAUCCAGAAUGUUGCUAAAACGUGUCCAUUCCACCUUUAAUCAUGCAAGAUGCUGCCAAGGAGCUUGUUCAUGCUCUGGUAAUCUCUUGCAUGGAUUACUGUAAUUCCCUCUUAGUUGGUCCCCCCCAAAAGCCAAACUGCCCCGCUACAAUCCGCAAUGAAUGCUGCCACCAGGCUGAUCUUUCUCACCCCUCGCUCCUCCCAUACCUCACCCAUCUGUCGAUCCUUAAACUGGCUUCCUGUAUCCUAUAGGUGUCAAUUCAAAAUACUAUCCCUUGCCUAUAAAACUCUAGCCUCUUUUAAAUUUCUUCACUGAUACAUAGAUAUGCCCCUUGUCAGUCUCUCUGCUCUUCCGGUGACCUUCUCCUAUCUGCUGCUUGCACCCUUACUGUUAACUUGCGCUUGCAGGACUUCUUGCAGGCGGCUCCCUUUCUUUGGAACAGCCUGCCUACCCCAGCAGACUCUCCCCUAGUCUUCAGUUGCUUUAAAAAGUCCCUAAAAAUACAUCUGUUCAGAAAUGCUUAUGAACUCUUGCUAUCUCCUGAAGAGCCAUACUCUUUUCUAUUUUUUCACCUUGUUUGGUGGAUGUCACCCUUGCUGCCCUGUUGUGUAUUUGUACCCCACCUCUAGACUGUAAGCUAAUUUGAGCAGGGCCCUCAUCUACCUAUUGUGUCACUGUGUAAAUGUCUAACUUUUUUGUAAAUUUCCCCCCAUUUCAUAAUAUUAUACAGCGCUGCAGAAUUAGUUGGCACUAUAUAAAUACCAAUAAUACCAGGCCUCCGUAAAGAAAGCAGAUAUUAAUCAUUUUGAAUAAAAACCCACUGACGUAUGAACAAGAUAAAGGAGCACUAUAGUGUUGUUGGAAUACAAAACUGUAUUCCUAACGCUAGUGUCCCUCUGCACCCCCACCGCCUAGCUUGCCACAAAUGUAUUCGAGUUUACACAUGGGGAAAACCUUGAUUCAGUGCUUUCCUAUGGAGAUUUUCAAGAUGCCUGGCGGGAGGAUGUCCAGCGUUUUUAAACUGCAUGUGAAUCGAGGAAGAACCUUGUGGCUAUUUGAAGACAGCCACCAGAGGCAGUCUUAACUCUGCAAUGUACACAUUGGAGUUUCUCUAAUGGUUAAGGGGACAGGAAUACUGAACUUCAAUGGGAUGGGGAGUUCUGGGUGCCUAUAGUGUCAAUCUACCAACUGUUAUAUGCCUGAUUCCCUGCUGAGUGCUCAUGAAAUGUGUGCUACCAUUAGCACAGGCCCUUGCUAAAAAGGAACAACCCAACAUGUGACCCCCCUCCCAGCCAAUGUAGCUACUGUUUACCUAAUGUUGCCAUUUCAUGGAUAAAUAAUAGUUUCAUGCGUAAUAAUGAAGAAUUUGUUUUGUGUAAUCCCCUUUUUAUUGGACUAAUAGACUUGUUAAAGGGAGGAAAACUCCUGAAAACUUGUCAUUACAAACCUCUUCCUCAAAUAUCAUGACUAGUUCCAUAAAGAAUAGUGUCAUGUUUGUCAUAUAGACCAUUUUUGCAUUGCUGUUUAUUACCAUCACGCAUAUUUUAAGUCUUGAAUUUCCUUUAAAAGUGGCACUUACCUUGUUGUUUUUAGCACACAUAAUUUGUACUCUGAUUUGUUUUUCCAGGUUCUGAAUUCUAGCGUUUAUAUAAUAAAAGCAAUGCAACGUUUAAUGGUCACUUUUGUAGAUUAAUCAUUUGACAGUGGUUUUUAUUUUUUGUGUGGUUUUUUUUUUUGUUUUUUUUUUUUCCUUCCCCUUUUUAUAACCCACAAUACUUCUUGUUUCAUAUGUGUCUCUUAACCCAUCCCCCGACUUCUGAUCUGUUUCCUCACACUCUCACCCUUUCAGAAGUGGGGGAUGGGUGUGCAUUGGGCAGACUAGAUGGGCCGAAUGGUUCUUAUCUGCCAUCACAUUCUAUGUUUCUAGGUUUUUGGCCCCCACAUACAUACAGUGGCAUGCAAGUAUAUAUACAAACUCUUCCAUGCACAGUCACAAUAUAUUUAUACAAUUAUAGGUAAACAUAUACAUAUACCUAGACACAGGUACACGUACAUGCAUGGAAUCACACACACAUGCAUGAAAUCACACACACAUACAUACUAUGUCACUCAUAUUCUGUCACCUAGUCAAACACCGUCACGCACACACACCGCACCAUAACCACUACAGUCUGCCCAGGCACCCUCCUAGGGCAAGUAGUCAGAUAAGUUGUAAAACCAUUCCUAAAAUGGUUUUACAAUUUAUCAAAGUCCCAUUAGAUACCUGUGGUCCCCAUUCCCCUGCGCUCCUAAACAAUUUGACUACUUACUCUGGGAGGUAUAAAUGGGAGUCUUUAGUGGUUAUGGUGCUUUGAGUGUUUCUUCAAUAAAAUGUUACAUCUAUAAUAUAUCUUUAAAGAGUAGAUUUUUUUCCAAUAUUCUGGAAAAUCUUGCUUCAGCAAAUAUGAUCUAUCGAAUGUGCAUCAAUAUUUACUUAAAGACCUCUUUAUGCUUAAUUUUUUUUUAUUUUAUUUUUUUCUGACCAGAGAAGCAAACAAGAAAAACACAGUAAUAGUAUAAAAAAACACACAAAAAACACUGGGGAACACGCAACAAGAAAUGUACAGUAUGUAAAGGGUUUACUACUUAUCAGUGGAUUUUAAUAGAACUUAAUGAAUUUAUGACUUAAGGGCUCGCUAAUCUAAAUUGCUGCUCAUUACAGUAAUCCUUGUACUAUGGAAUAGAGGGACUUGCAUACACGCAACUGGGGAGUAGACUCGAUGAAAUUUUGUUAAGCAGGGAAAGCACAGAAUUUGAACUAAUAUAAUAUUAGAUUAUGAUUAAAUGAGGACAGUCUAGACCAUAGAAAUAAAAUGAUUAGUCUAGAGCAGUGAUGUCUAGCUGUGGCCCAUCAAAUGUUGGUGGAAAACAUAUAAAUCCUCUUUGGCUGUCUGAACAUCAUUAAUUAGGUUUAAAUAUGAGGACCCUUUGGAAUGGCAAUUAAGAAUUUCCUUAUUGGACCAUGGACAUUAAGAAAACAUGCUCUGUAAGAAAGGGCCAAUGGGCACUCCACUGUGAUAGUUUUUGGGACAUUCCUCCGUGAGACUGCAUUAAACCUGAAAGCACACUUUAUAUGGGUUUUUGAGUUCUGCUUGUUAUGAGACAGUGGGAUUCUGAUUUCAGUCUAUUCAUAUCUACAACAUCAGCAACUAGUUCAAUGAGAGAAAAAAAUAAUUAUUUCCUUCCUUUCUGUAAGCUAUUCAGUCUGCUGCCACUUGCAUGUAAUCUGGUUGUUCGGUUCAAUAGUACAAGGAUUACUACGGUGACCCUGGGUAAGGUAGCCCUUAAGUCAUAAAUUCAUUAAAUUCUGUUAAAAUUAGCUGAUAAGCAGCAAACACUAAUCACACGUCUACUUCUGUGAUUUUGUUUUUUUUACUUUUGGGGAAUUGUGUCCAUUGCAGCAAACAUUUUAACGUUCUCUAAAUGAUUGGGGUAUCUCAAAUCAGAAGGCAGAAUUAAAAUCUCCACAAAGCUAUUGUCUGCCAUGGAAGUUACAUAGUUACACAGAUGAAGAGACUUGUGUCCAUCAAGUUCAGCCUUCCUCACAUUUGUUUUUGCUGUUGAUCCAAAAGAAGGCAAAAAACCCAGUUUGAAGCACUUCUAAUUUUGCAACAAACUAGGGGAAUAAAAUUCCUUCUUGACCCCAGAAUGGCAGUCAGAUUUAUCUUUGGAUCAAGCAGUUAUUACCCUACAUUGACAUUUUUUAUCCUUGAAUAUUCUGUUUUUGCAAGUAUGCAUCGAGUUGCUGUUUGAACAUCUGUAUGGACUCUGAUAAAACCACUUUUUCAAGCAGAGAAUUCCACAUACUAAUUGUUCUUACAGUAAAAAUACCAAUGUGCAUUGUGGGGACUCCCUCUUCAUUCCAAUGGAUUCAGUUUUAAAUAUUUGCACAAUUAUAGUAGGUGGGAAAGUAAACCCUUAGCAAGUGUUAUAUUGCUUCUAAAAGAAAUAUCAUUUAGUUCAUAGAGAAAAGUAAUUUUAGUUCAUUGAACACUGCAAUCUUGCCUGCCUGGCAAGGCUUAUAUGCUAGCAGCAUAGAAAAUAACUAAAUCUGCUGACACAGGAAUACAAUGUGUACGCAAACACAGGUAUUUCUAAUCAACGGGGUCAUUCACGAAGUGCAUAUGUGGAAAGGUCAAAGUAGGGCAUUUUCAAAGUGUGUGUUUACUUAAUUUUUUUUCUAAAAUGGUUACCACAUUGAGCAGCAAUAACCACUGCAAUGUUUUGGAUUUCAUUGUGCUUUCAAACCUUGUUUACCAGAUUGUUUAAGUUAGAUGUUCAUUCUGGUCAUAUAUGGUAGAUGUCCAUUGGCAUAUUGCUUAAAAAUAGGUCAUCUGGCUGACACUUUGCUUUCAAUGAAAACAGAAUGGUUUAAUUUUCAUUCAGAUGUAACUUAAGUUUGUAUCUCUUACUCUGCAAAUUGAAUUUUUAUUACAUAGAGGAGGCUCCUGCAGGGCCUAGCAAUCUAUUAACCGAGCAGGAGAUAACAAUUUCUAAAUUAAACGGAAUUUUCAGUAAAGUAAGUGUAAACAUUAGAUUACUCUUUACAGGAAGAGUUUAGGAAGGCUGUGUAAGUCACAUGAGGUGUGACUAGGGCUGCAUAAACAAAGUGUUUGAACUGCUAAAUGGCAGAGACUUGAGCAGUGAGAAUGCAGGGGCAUCGACUAUGUACAGUGGCCGCACACAUAUACACAUUGCCCCAUCCCUGCCGAUGCCACUCGUUUAAAUACACCACAGGCACACAUACCACCUCAGGCACUAUACGGAUUCCACUCCACUCUCGUUGUCCCGUCUCUUACGGGCCUAGCCCGACUGUACGAGUCUACUACAUUCACACAAUUCAACGACUUAAUAGAGACAACAACAUACCUAACUAUGGGCACUGGAUAUGAGUGAACAUGGGAACUGUAAUUGAUUCUCAACCUCAUUAAAACCUCGAUGUAGGGGGGGCGUGGCCGACAGCCGAGCUACAUGGAAGCACACUAGCUCAGCUCCUGAGCAGCACGGACAGAACCGCCGAAAACGGAGGUAACAAACCCACGAUGGGCAAUCACAAAAAGGCUCACCCUGCUCCCCAGCACUCCGGGAAGACCCCAGCCGGGAAAUCGGGCACUGUGGCCCGCUUAUUUAGAGAUUAUUCCGACCACACGGCGGACCCCGGGGAAUCCAACAUGGCGCCGGCGGCAAACCGCCGACUCAGAUCCUCCGAGCCCCACAGCGUCAGACACAUCACAGGUGUCGAUGGAAGCAGAUAUUAAAGGCAUAUUACGAAAUUUGCCCUCCAGAGCUGACCUAGCUCAGAUGCUGGGAAAGUUAGAAACUACCUUUCAACAGAAGAUGGAAAGCCUCAAUUCAGAAAUAACUCAGGUAGGCCGCAGAGUUCAGGACCUGGAGGAUGAAAGGGGGUCUCACCACACAUUAAUGCAUUCCCUAUCAGCUAAAGUCCAAGCCCAAGAAAGGCAUUUAUCUAUGAUGCAACGCUCUCUAGACGAUAUCGACAAUAGGGGCAGGAGAAAUAAUUUACGUAUAAAGGGAAUACCAGAAGCAGAAGGGGAAAACCUAUAUAACGUCCUGGCCUCGCUUUUCAAUCUUAUACUUAAGCGCAAGCCAGAAUCGCCGGUCAUCCUGGACAGAGCACACCGUUCCCUACGCCCCAAAGCAGCGGUCGGCGAUGCCCCAAGAGAUAUUAUCUGCCGCAUCCACUACUACGCUCUUAAGGCAGAUAUUUUGAAACAUCUCAGGGACACCUCAGGCCCCUUGUUAUUUCAAGGACACGAAAUACAGAUCUAUCAAGAUCUAUCUUGGCACACGCUGCAAGCAAGACGAGCCCUAAGGCCAAUCACCGAUCAGCUACGUUCGCGCAACAUACGAUACAGAUGGGGUUUUCCUUUUGCCCUCAUCGUAAACACCCGCGGAACCACAUAUACGAUCUCUACACACCAGGACAUCGUGCCAUUCACCGAAGCAUUAAACCUAGCAGAAACAUCCAUCCUGGAUUGGUAUGCUCCUGAUCCGGCGUUAACAGCACCAUCUCAACAGCAAAGACCACGAUGGAGAUCCCCAGCCAAGAGACAACGUCUGACCCAGGCUGGACUUUCUCAACACUUAGAAGAAGGAGGACAGACCACAGCUGCUGGACGCUAAAUCGCCUCUACUGACACUCUCUAAUAACAACCCCAAGAUACCCUUCUCUGCACGUCCGAUUUUCAAAAUAAAGACGCUGGCCUCUACUCCGAUAGAGCCCACCCACAAGACUUGGACUUACCCCAACAACACGGUCCCGAAAGGGAUUAAUCACGAAUGCCACAAGAGAGGCCACUAUGGCCGACGCUGAAACCUCAGGUCGUAUACAUGCUUAUGUUUUGACCUAUGUUUGCCUUCUGUAAUUGUGAAAUUGACAUACACUACUACUAUAGGGGUGACCCGCUUAGAUAUGACUAUGGGGUUAAGUAUCUCCCGCCCAAGGGGUACACAUAUGCAACGCUUUGCGCUAGGGAGACAAAGGGACUGACAGACAUGGACAAGACUGGCCAGAGAAGACGGCACAGCCCAGACAUACUAAAAAUCGGUACACGUUACCGUCCAGAGAAGGGGAUACCCAACCUGAGGAGGGAAAGGUAUUAGGACUCACUGGGGCGACUCAUACCUCCUUCUCCCAUAAAAAAAAAAAGUCAGCCGACCUCACCCACACGCUACCCUGUUGCCUUAUAAGACACUUACCUCCACGAAGCAAUAAUAAACCAAGAUGCGGUUCAGCUCCAAGCGCCCCAGGAGCCCACUGCAUCAUACUUAAUUAAAAAAAAAAAGUGUACAAGCUCCUAGUCUCACCCCCCCCCCCACUUACAUCAGGGUCAUCUCAACCUUGCCUACUGUAGACUACGGGACUUCUCAGGGGCAGACCCUAGGUAUUUAUACUCCUAUAGUUGCCAAAGAGCAACACCGUUAACUUAACGUCACAAUCUAUUGUAUAUAGUUUUGUUUUGUCUUGUUUUGUUAAAAUUUGUAUAUCGCAUUGACAUUGUGUAGUAUUGUAACACCUUUUGUUGUAAGAAUUUAUACCUGGCCUGUCGAAUACAUACAGGGUACGCAUCACGCAACAUCUAUAGAUAUAGACUACAAACACACACCCCACACGACUAGUAACCUUUUACACACUACCCUCCCCCAAAUCUCCAGCCAUGGCAACAAUUUCCAUACUCUCACACAAUGCUAGGGGUCUGAAUACCCCCGAAAAGCGCCACAUGGCUCUCACAGACUACCAUAAAUCAAAAGCGGAAGUGGUGUUCAUACAAGAGACACACUUCCGUAAAGACUCAGCACCUUCACUAAAAUCCAGACACUACACAAAGGGAUACUUUAGCAAUUAUGUAGGCUCGAAGUCACGGGGAGUGGCGAUUCUCCUUUCCCCGCAUCUACCAAUCACAUACAAAGAACACACAUCUGACGACAAUGGGAGAUAUAUCUUUCUGAAGGGCCUGAUGGGCACAACCCCAAUAACCCUAGCCAACAUAUAUCUUCCUAAUAGGAAACAAUUCCAAGCCCUACGUAAGAUAAUCAAGCAGCUGAUACAAUUUACUGAAGGCAUGUUGAUUUUAGGAGGCGACUUCAAUAUCUCCCUAGAUGGCGCAUUAGACACAACCUCACAAGCCUCCACAUACCAAGUCUCAACACGGGUGCAAGUCCAGAAACUUGUGGACUCGCAUCAGCUCUAUGACUGUUGGCGCGUCCUACACCCCGCUGAGCGGGACUAUUCCUAUUACUCAUUUUCCUCGGGCUCGUAUUCGAGAAUUGACUUAUUUCUUCUCCCACACAGAUUUCUGAACUUAGUCCGCUCCUGCACAUACGACACAAUCACGUGGUCUGAUCACGCACCAAUCUCCCUCUCACUUCAGAUUCCCUCCCUACAUCCCACUCUGACACAGUGGAAACUGAAUGAUACCCUACUUAACCAUACCACUAUCCGGAACCAGGCCGAAUCCUCCCUGGAACAGUAUUUCGAGCUCAACACACACCCAGUAUCCACCUACCCCAUCAUUUGGGAAGCACAUAAGAGCACAAUAAGAGGUACGUUCAUCCAGGCAGCCUCUAGACUCAAAAAAUCGAGGGAAUCUCGCACACUUAGUCUCACUAGAGAGAUUAAGCGCCUAGAGGGAAUACAUAAAAACGGUCUCAACCUCACCACAUUUAAGACACAAAUCGAAAAAAGGACCUAGUUAAAUACAAUUCUCGACAUCAAUACCAAACGCUCCCUAGCCAAGACAAGAUGCACUUACUACACACGGGGGCAAAUGCGGGCGCUUGCUGGCCCAUGCACUACAGAAACAACGGGAACAUACAUUCAUAGCGGCCAUACGCACAAAGGAAGGUAAACUCUCACACUCAAUGACUGACAUACUCGCAGAAUUCAAAGAUUUUUACUCCUCGCUAUACAAUUUAAGACAAAGCCCCCCAGCGACAGCAGAUAUCCGAGAUUUCCUAUCUCGUAGGAUCCACAAAGCCUUACCACACAAUCUACGAGAAUCCCUAGAAAAACCUAUUUCCACAGACGAAUGCCUCCAAGUAAUCAAACAGCUUCCACUAGGGAAAAGUCCAGGCCCUGACGGACUCACUGCUAAAUAUUACAAGACUUUUGCUCCUCUGCUCAUACCCCACUUCCAAAACACGUUCAAUGCUCUACUCAAAACAGACACUCUCCCCCCACAGGCCUUGAACGCAACGAUUACGCUACUUCCUAAACCAGGGAAAGAUUUAACUCAAUGCGGCAGUUACAGACCGAUCUCCUUGAUAAAUAUCGACUUAAAAUUAUUCACAAAAAUCCUGGCCAACAGACUCAGACCGCUGUUACCAGGACUGAUACAUGGAGACCAGUCAGGUUUCAUCCCUGGCAGGGAAGCCAAACACAACACCACAAAACUGCUAAACCUCAUACACAAAGCAACGAGAGAUGGAUGCCCCAGUUUGCUCCUGUCCAUUGAUGCCGAAAAGGCGUUUGACAGGGUAGAUUGGACGAUGCUAUCACACACUUUACAAUACAUGGGGUUCGGCCCAAAUUGGCUCAAAUGGUUCAAUGCAAUAUACUCACACCCCACAGCGCACAUUAGGGUCAAUGGCCAAUUGUCAGAGCCAGUGGCAAUAAGGAACGGCACCAGACAGGGAUGUCCCCUGUCGCCUCUCCUAUUUGUCCUGGCGCUGGAGCCCUUCCUCCAGGGUAUUAGAGACGAAACCUCGAUUUAAAGGCAUCACAACGGGCACAACGGAACAUAAUAUAGCAGCGUUUGCAGAUGACAUGCUAUUCACAAUCUCGGAUCCAGUGUCGUCAAUACCUCACUUAAUGGCAGAAAUUGAAUCUUUUAGCAAAAUUUCCAAUUUCAAAGCCAACCUCAGCAAAUGCGAGAUACUGCCGCUAAACAUUUCCCCUCUCGACGCAGACAUUAUACAACGAACACACCCAUUUGUUUGGGCGACCCGCACGAUAAAAUACCUAGGUAUUCACUUAACCAAAGAGGCAUCCCACCUAUUUGAGAGUAAUUUCCCUAGUUUGAUGAAAAACAUACAAUCAGAUCUCAACACCUGGAACAAACCUCAUUUUGGAUGGUUCUGCAGGCUGAACAUUCUCAAAAUGAAUGUUUUGCCACGACUCCUAUAUGUUAUGCAAGUAUUACCAAUUACUCUACCUAAGUCAUGGUUCACAACGGUCCGGAAAACCCUUCCGACUUACAUCUGGGCACACAAGAACCCAAGGCUUGCCUACUCACUCCUCACACGACCAAAGGACGAAGGGGGCCUAGGCCUCCCAGACCUAGAGAGAUAUCACCAAGCAGUCCUUCUGACCAGACUGUAUGACUGGACGCACCCACACCCUACAGCACAAUGGAUACACAUAGAAAAUACCUUCUUCAGGACUCCCAUCUUCACAAUACCAUGGCACAAAUCAGGACUGCCAUUUUUAUUGCACUCCCCACAUCCCACAAUCUCACCAACCUUACGAAUGUGGGCCAAGAUAAGGACUCACCAGACAAUGUCACCUUACCCUUCCCCGUUAUAUCCAAUAACACACAACCCUCUCUUUCAACCGGGAGAGAAUGGGAGGGCAUUCAAGCAGUACCAUGACUCACACUACCUACGCCUCGCCGAGGUUGUGGACGACACGGGAACUCAGGUGAAACCAUUGCAGACUACAACAGAGGGUCACACUGCACUGCAAACGUUCCAAUGCAAACAACUCUCACACUUCCUACUCACAGGGCCACUGGCACAUAAUCCUGUCCGUCCUCACACUCAAUUAGAGACACUUUGCAAAGAACAUACCCUAAAGAAGAAAGUCAUCUCAGAGAUGUACACAAAGAUCACUAAAACAAUGCCUCACCAUCCACCGGCCUUUACCUCGUCCUGGGAAAAGGAACUAAACACAUCUUUCACACCAGAAACGUGGCGCACCAUAUUCACACAUAUCCAUAGGUCCUCUAGAAACACCACAAUCCAGGAGAGUAACUACAAAAGGGUAGUGAGAUGGCACUACACCCCGACAAAAUUACGAUCCCUAUUUCCAACACACCCACACCAAUGUUGGAGGUGUCAUGCACCCGAAGGCAACACCGCCCACAUCUGGUGGUCUUGUCCGGUGAUUCAACACUACUGGAAGCGCAUACACAGGACGAUACAGUCGAUUUUAUCUACCCAUGUCCCCUUUACCCCGGAACUUUUUCUAUUCCUGAUCACCCCCCGAAACAUACCAAAAUCGACAGCAGGCCUACUGACACAUCUGAUCUCUGCAGCGAACCAACUUAUUCCAGCACUAUGGAAGCACCCACAUCCACCAUCCAUCCGAGAAUGGAUACAAAAAGUCGACACUAUUAGGGGUCUAGAGGAGACAUGCCUCUCCCUCACAGACAAAUACUCCACAUACACAACCACAUGGAAACCAUGGUGCGACUAUCUCAGCACCACACAUGGUCACCUUGCACCCUAGAGUCAGACAAGCUCCCCGUUAUGGAAACCCGGUUUUCCUUUAUUGGAUCACCAGAUGUAAUCCUGCUCGUCUGAUACUCAUGCUGAGAAAGCAACUUAGCCUUAAUUAGAGUUACCAAUUAGAGUCCGGGGAACAACGACAAAAAUAACACCAAUCCGAGCCUAUCCCUAGGCUGCAUACCCACCACCACAGGUAAAACCGUCAGGUGCACUCAUGACACUAUAAGGAUAUCGCCACUCUCUGCAAUAAGUUAAACUGGGUACAAUGCACACUCAAGCUAACUAUGACGUAUCAUCAUGAUGCAAGGUCAGACGACCCGAUAACCGUUGUACAUUCCAUACUGCCAUUGUCAUGCCUUAACAUCACUGUAUCUUGUUGUUUCUUAUACUAUACCUUGAAUACCACUGACAAUUGAUGUAUCUAUGCGAAUUUCCAAUAAAAUUUUCAAAAAAAAAAUAAAUAAAAUAAAACCUCGAUGUAGAUGUCAACUGCUUAUUCACUGUAACUUCAUGUUCUUAUGAUGAAUGGGGCCUGCGAGCCCGAAAUGCGAUAUACUUACCUACACACAGGCACACAUACCACCUCAGGCACUAUAUGGACUCCACUACACUCACAUUGUCCCAUCUCUCACGGGCCUAGCCCGACUGUACGAGUCUACUACAUUCACACACUUCAAUAACUUAAUUGACCCAACAACAUACCUAACUAUGGGCACUGGACAUGAGCGAACAUUGGAACUGUAAUUGAUCCUCUGCCUCAUUGAAACCUCAAUGUAGAUGUCAACUGCUUAUCCACUGUAACUUCAUGUUCUUAUGAUGAUUGGGGCCUGCGAGCCUGAAAUGCGAUAUACCUACUUACAAAUAAACUUGAUUAUCCAAAAAAAAAGAAUGCAGGGGCAUGAUCAAUUAAAAAAACAAAACAAAAAAAAAACCUGCUUUAUUAAGCUAAUGUUGUGUUGGUGACUAUAGUGUCCCCUUUAGUUAAGUGAUAGACUUCAAUACAUUACGUCUUUGCUUAUUCUUCAAAACCAUUUCCUGUUUUGGCAAGAUUUCCCUUAAAGUCACUAAACUCACAGAAGCUAAUUACUUUUACAAUCUAAUUACAAUUUUGAAAAUGUGCUAGAUGUGUAUGUGUGUUUUUUUUAUCUCCCCAUAUAUCUUGAGGUCUUAUUUUAAGUUGAAGAUGAAAGUCCCUGCACUCUUAAUAAAGGCAAUCGUAAAGGGAUUUUAUAGUGCCAGGAAAACAAAGCCGUUAAAACCCCCAUGCUCCACCCACGCUUCUCCCCCACCGACGUAAGUUGUGGGGGAGACCUAAUGCGCAUUAAGAUUUACCCAUAGGAAAGCAUUAAUGCAUUCCUAUGGGGAUUCCAGUGACACUGGAUGUCCUUAUGCAUAGCGUGAGUCAUUUAGACGAUCAAAAACAUGGAUGGCCUGUUUAAACGGAUAAAAUAUGGAACUAAUUUUUCAUCUCUAAAUAUUAUAUACUUAGAUAAAUCCCAAGAGCCUGAUUUCUCAGCCAGUUCUUGUGCACUUAUAGUUUUGCAGUGGAAAAGUUGUUGUUGCAGGGCCGGCCUCAGGGGUGUGAGUACUGUGCGGCCGCACAGGGCUCCAUUAACCAGGGGGCGCCAUGUGGCCGACACAGCUCGCACAUGGCCGGAUGACAGGGGAGCUAAAACAGGUACCAGGGUGGAGGAUUUCAUAAUUCUCCACCUGGGUCUAUAAAUUCUUUUGAGGGGGCGGGGCUUAACUAGCAGCAGGGCUUAUUGCGAGGCAGAGGCGGGGCUAAUACUUAGCCAAAGCCCCUGGUAACUGCUGCACAGGAAGAGGUUAGCAGGAAGGAGUCCUGCUUCCCCAACAACCAACUGCGUCCACUCCCCCUUCCAGCCAUAAUGAAAAGAGGUAAGUCUGUGUAUGUGUGUGACUGCCUGCCUGCCUGCCUGUGUGUGACUUUCUGUCUGUGACUUCAAUUGUGUGUGCUUGCCUGUGUGACUAUCUGCCCUUAACUGUGUGUGUCUAUCAGCGUGCGUGAGUGUCUGCAUGCCUGUAACAGUGUGUAUGAUUUUCUGCUUGUAAUGGAGUAUGUGUGACUGUCUGCCUGUAAAUCUUCAUGACUGUGUGUAACUGUCUGCCUUUAACUGUGUUUGACUCUGUGACUGUGUGUCUGUAACUGAGCAUUUGUGACUGUCUUCCUAUGUGUGACUGUAUACAGGCAACUUGGUGGGGGAGGCGCCGUGAAGACUUUUCGCACAGGGUGCCUAAGGCCGGCCCUGAGUUGUUGUAUCUACUGUUCUUUUAAAUGAGUUGCUGCAUAAACGCUAAUGGAGGCUAUUUUACACCCGCAUUAUGUGAGUGUUUGUGUAGAAAGGGCUAGAAUCAAAUAAAGUGUGUAUAUAUGUGUGUAUAUAUGUAUAUAUAUGUGUAUAUAUAUAAUUAUGCAAAAUGAAGAAAGACCCUCUUUAUUCAUUUUCAUAUUUUAAUUGCUGCUGUAAGACAUGGCAAUUUUGACAUGAGCACACUAGAGAUAUAGAUAUAUAUAGAUCUAUAUAUCUAUAUCUCUAGUGUGUUCAUGUGAAAAUUGCCAUGUCUUACAGCAGUAAUUAAAAUAUGAAAAUGAAUAAAGAGGGUCUUUCUUCAUUUUGCAUCUUACCUACUACUAGAAAGAGACCCUGGCUUGUUGUCCUAGCUGCCUACUAACUUUAUUGGAAGCGCUAGAAAUCCUUUUAUAUAAAAAAUAAAUAUUUUUUUUUUAUUCAAUGAAACCGUAGAAUGACUGAACUCUCAGUUGUCAAACACACUGUGUCACUAUAACAGCUUGAUUUCGAAAUUCUACAUUGCAUAACGUUUUUGGGUUUUGUGUUUUUUUGUGUUUUUAUUUUAUUGGCUUUCUAUUUUUAUUUUUUUCGCUCACUUGUCUAAAGUAAUUUCUUCUAAUGGACUUAUCACUUUAGUUUACAAGCAUAGUAAUUUAGAUUAAUCUAAUGUGAGGUCAGCGAUUUAGCCCUGUAACCUAAUGUGCUGAAAAUAUCAUGUUGAUCCUGAAAGGGUUAAGAGUCCCAAGGGUUUUUAUUUACAGAUCUAUAUGGAUUGGAAUGUUGUAAGCGUUUCCACUUCAUGAGGAUGGAAGAAUCUAUAGAAUAUAUAGAAUAUUCAUAAAAUAUUACAAGAAAUGUGAUUAUAUCUAGCAUCACUGAUGUCACUUUACAUGGAUGGCCUUAUCAGACCGCAUUGAUAAUGUUUUAAAUUGCCACAUUAUUAAAUGCUAACUAUCCAGUUAAGUCAAGGUAAAUAUAGACAGGGUCUCCUUUUCUCUGUGUGCUAUUAUACUAGCCAGCCCUUAAAUUAUUCUGAAUAUAUGAAGUCCCUCGAGAACUUGCACCUCAUGACCUCACUAUGCAUCUUGGUAGGAAGAGGAUGUGGAGAGUAUGGCUCGCUUGCAAAGCAUAGAAGUGGUUUGAGGCAAGGUAUAUUCACUAUACAGUGGUUCUUUUAUAGUUUUCAAAUAUUUCUCUUUAAAGGAACACUAUAGAUUGAGGAACUCAAACUUUGAUUCUUGACCCAGUGUUGAAAAAUCAGUUUAGCCCCACACACUUGCCCCUUAAAUAUAGUAAAAUCUUACCUUUUAUUCCAGACUGCUGUUGCUAGCUCUACAUCUGAUCUGCCUGCUUGGCUGACAUAAUCAGAAGCAGUGGUCUGAGCCAAUCACAAUGCUUUCCUGUAGGAUUGGUUAAGACUAUCAAGGGGGCAGAUCAGGGGCAGAGCCAGCACAAGUCAAACACAGACCUGGCCAAUCGCAUCUUCUCAUAGCAAUGCAUUGAAUCAAUCACACUGUGCAGCACUGCCCCAUGAAGCAUCUCUAGUAGACAUCUGAGGAGUGGCCAGUGGAGAUGUCUCUAGUCUGUAAUGUAAACACUGCCUUUUCUCACCAGAACAAAUGCAAUAAGCUGUAGUUGUUCUGGUGACCCUUUAACAGCGACACCCUCCUUGGUACACCUCCCUUUCCUUUCAAAUAAGCUUGACUAGGCUGUCUGAAUUGUUAAAGUGGAGUUCUUUGACCUCCGGUUAAAAAGUGUUUCCACUCAUUAAAUUGUAAAAAAUAAAAAAAUUAAAUACAAAGUGAUGUAAAUUAAACACAAGAAGUUCUUGAGUGAAAGAAAGUCUCAUAAGAAUAAAAAGAAUAUUAAUUGCAUUACAUUCUGAUUUAAAGGGACAAUGUAGGCACCCAGACCACCUCAGCUCAUUGAAGUGGUCUGGGUGCUGUGUCCCUUUUGCACCUACUGCUGCAAUGUAAAACCGUGUUUAAAUUGCAGCUCUAAAUCUGCCCUCAGUGGCAGUCUACCAGACAGCCAUCAGAGGGCUUCUGGAAUCCAAACUGAAUUUUUUUCUGUUACCUCACGCUCUGCAUUUGCUGUGCAUGACCAUUGGACCCCACUCGUUGCAUGACAGAGGAGGGGGCGGAGCUUCGGCCCAGCACCGAGGGACAUCGGCACUGGGAUAAGGUAAGUAAAGGGUUUUUAACCCUUUAUUUACCAGGGAUAGGGGAGGCAGGGGGAUCAGUAUUGCCAGGAAUACAGCUUUGUAUUCUUGGCACUACAGUAUCCCUCUAAUGUGAUGGUGCUGCUGUUCUUUCAGAAUGAUUUUUUUUUUUUUUCUUCAUUCCACAUGUUUUGUUUGUCUUUUGUUUGUGUUGAGGGGUGCGAGUUGCUGUCACACUUUUUAUGAUCACAUGUUUAUUUAAACCUACUUAAAUAAAUGUUAUGAAAUUAAAUACCACUUUUAUUAUGCAGUAUGAAUCUAGAUAAAUUUUAGGACUACUAUUGCUGGACAUGGAGCUGAGUUAUACAAUCUGUAAUCUGUUCGCUAAUCAAACAGUCCUUCAGUUAUCAGUGUUGCUCAAAUGCUGUAAAUUUAAUUGGAUAGCAAUGAUCAAGGAUAAAGAUAUGUGGUCAUCACACAAGAUGUUUUUAUUGGAAUUUGUGUACUGUUAAUUCCUUAUCCAUGUUCUAAUCAGACUCAAUUUAACUGCUUAUCUGCACAGAAAAUAUUUUAUUUGUUUCACAAGACCAAGUAGGCUUGUGUUCUACAGUACAGUAAAAGAAUUAUCAGGGCUAUUUAGUAGUGUAAGCCUUUCUGUACACAGACAAUGGAGCAACACACUGUGAUUGCAUAUCUACAGAGCUGAAUGAUUAAAGGGACACUAGUCACCAGAACAACUACAGCUUAUUGCAUUUGUUCUGUGAGUAGAAUCAUUACCCUUCAGGCUUUUUGCUGUAAGCCCCGUCUCUUCAGAGAAAAUGAAGUGAUUACAUUGCAGCCUAGUGAUAACUUUACUGGCCACUCCUCAGAUGGCUGUUAGAGAUCCUUCCUGGGUCAUGGCUGCCUAGAAUGCAUCCAAACAUUCAGUGUCUCCUCCCUCUGCAUGCAGACACUGAACUUUCCUCAUAGAGAUUCAUUGAUUCAAUUCAUCUCUAUGAGGAGAUGCUGAUUGGCCAGGGCUGUGUUUGAAUUGUGCUGGCUCUGCCACUGAUCUGCGUCCUUGUCAGUCUCAGCCAGUCCUAUGGGGAAGCAUUGUGAUUGGAUCAGGCUACCACUUCUGCUGAUGUCAGCAGGCAGUGGGCAGGUCUAAAGGAAACCGUGAUAAAGCCAGCAGCUUCUGGCUUGAAUACAAGUAAGAUUUACUAUAUUUAGGGUGAGGGUGGCUAGAUGGUGGUUUUAACCCUAUAGGGUUAGGAAUACAGGUUUGUGUUCCUGACCCUAUAGUGUUCUGUUAAUGUACUUCUCAUACCACCAAAGUUUUCCUAUUUAGGUGGGACAGUCUCUUUAAUUUUAGGCCCAAAUCAAUCUGUCCCUCAUUUCUCUCCUAAGGUCCUUCUUUUCUAGGCGCUUCAUAUUGUUGUCAGAGUUUAAAAAAAACAAUAAAACAAUAUCUAAAAUGCAUUUUAGUUCCAUAUAUUGUAAUAAAAUUUAUCAGAACAGCCUUACUCCUGACUACACCCCCACUGACACCCCUAAAAAAUGUAUACAGAUGGUUAUUUGCUAUACAGACUUUGCAAUAAUUCAUGCAGUUUUUUUAAAAGGUGUGUGUGUGUGUGUGUAUAUAUGUGUGUGUGUGUGUGUGUGUAUAUAUAUAUAUAUAUAUAUAUAUAUAUAUAUGUGUGUAUAUAUACAAUUAUACACACUAUUAUGUUUUAAAAGUGUGUGUAUACCACAACAAUCUGUUAUAUACACUUUUUUAAAAUUUAUUUUAAAACCUUUUUGCACGCCCUAAACAUAGAAGCAAUACUUGGUAUUGCUUAUAGUAAAAUGAAACACAAAGUACUGCGGCAAGCUGAAGUUCUUGAGGGGUAUGGAGUGUUUCCUUUUUUUUUUUUUUCAACUUGUUUUAAUAAUUAAAUGUAUCAACCUGGACAUCACAAAUGCAUUAACAAGAUCUUACAUGAAACUUUCCCUGGUUCUUGGAUUAUAUCAAAAUCAGGGCCGGACUGGGGAUACAAAGCAGACCUUAAAAUAAAAUCGAUGCCAGUCCCAUAAGUCACUGCGCCAUAUUUUGUCACAUGUCAAACGUACGGCUAUGUGUUGCCACCCCAGAUGAUUGAGAUAGAUAUAGAUAUAUAUUGUGUGUAUAUUACUCAAUCAUUUGGGGUGGCAAGACAUGCAUACAUAUAUGCCUUAAAUAUUAUUGGUGUGUGUAUAUCUAUUAUGGUGGGUAGGGGGGGCUGUCUGUGAGGUGGGGGAGGGGGGGCUGUAUGGUGGGUAGGGGGCUGUAAAAAGGUAAAUACCUUUUCAGUUUCCUCUUGGUCCGGUGGGCAGCUUUCUAGCAACAUUUGUGGGGGCAGAGCUUCCAUCUGGGGGCAGGGCAUGCGGCCAAAAUUGUUUUAGACUGUGCAGGGAGACUGACAGGUCUCCCUGCGGCUGCAGGCAGCCAAUCCAGCCCCCAGCUCCUCCCUCCUUACUCCCCUCGGACUGACAGGCUGGCACAGUCCGAGGGGAGGAGUAAUCAUCUUAAUCAUUAGGGCUGUCAGCCCAGCCCCAGCUUGCUGCAGCCCACCGGGAAAUUUCCUGGUAUCCCGGUGGGCCAGUACGGCCCUGAUCAAAAGAUACUCCUUUCAUGGCUAAUCCAAAAAAAAAUAAGAAUUUGAAAUCAAAAGUGAAUUUCAAUUUUAAUGUCAGAAUAGCAGAACUGGGUAAAAACUCCAAGUCCGCUAUGCUUCCAGGUCAGUUAGUUUUUGUCUUAAAUUGAAAACUAUUUUGCUAAUGUAAGAAUUUUUAGGAAUACAAAGAACAAUAUUAAUCUCAAACUUGGAUUGACCAUUGAUUUAUUGCAUAUGUACAAUGCUCCAAUUAAAAGUAACAGGAAAUUCAGGGCUGUCUGAGAAAUGAGACUUAGGUGUUUGUGGUGUGUGUGGGUUUUUAAAAAAAAAAAUUUUUAUUUUUGUGUCCAUGCACAAUUUCAAUGAUGCAUUAAAAUAGAUCUGCUUCUGCCAGAAUGUUUUUUUGUUGUUGUUGUUGUUGUUUUAGUUCUAGGGGUCUUUGUUCUAACAAUAGUUUAAAUUAAAAUGUAAUUGUAUGUUUAUAUUUUGAUAAGGCUAUUUGAACUCUAAAAUCUGCAAUUAUCUGGAAUAUAUUUACACUCAAAAAUGUGAAGAGGGGCUAUAAAAAAAUGUUCUACUGGCAAUAAUGGCAUAAUAAAAUCUUGAAUCUGUUUCAUGGAUAAAUUUGCUUUAGUCUUCAGCCGUGGCUUUGUUUUCUUAUAUUUGUCUUAUUUAGCUUACAGGCAUACCCAUGAAUUGCUCAAUUAAGAUGCAGCUUAGUUUGUUUACAAAAGCAAUAUCAGGAAUAUCGUAAGUAUCAAUUUUUAUUGUUUGUGUGUAUUUUUGUUUUUGUAUCCCUCCCCCCCACCCAUUAUGUACAAAACAAAAACAUCAUUCUGAUAUUAUGUGAGUAUCUUGGUGAAAAAUAAAGGGAAGUAUGUGUGUUGUAAUAAACAAGUCUUGGAUUGUCUUAUUACCCUUUUUAGUUUGAAUGCUUUAUGAAAACACAAAGCAUAGAUGUUAAAUUGUCAGUUUUCCUGCAAUGUCAAUGGGUGGGUGUCUAAAGAAUCCCAAUCCUUUGGUUUCACCCCAGUAGUAUGAUCGAAGAGGUGUAGAACUGCAACCACACACUUUACUCGCUUUCUAAGGAUGCAAAGAAUCCCCCUGGACAACUAGGGAAGGGGGAGCAUAACUGCUGCCCCUCUUUAUUGCAAGUUCUGUUUAAGAUUUUCUUAUCCCCGGCUAUGUUAAUAGCUUGCUAGACCCUGCAAGAGCCUCCUGUAUGUGAUUAAAGUUCAAUUUAAAGAUUGAGAUACAAUUAUUUAAGGUAAAUUACAUCUGUAUGAAAGUGAAACCAGUUUUUUUUUUUUUGGUUUUUUUCAUGCAUGCUCUGUCAAUCAUAGCCAGGGAAGGUGUGGCUAGGGCUGCAUAAACAGAAACAAAGUGAUUUAACCCCUUAUGGACGGAGCCAAAUGUACACGUUGUGAACAAAACAAAAUGUAAACAAAACCUGGCAUUUGCGCUACAUGUCUGUCCAACCGUAAUACACCUCUUUCAUAGUAAAUGCACCCACCCUUAUUAUAUAUCAUUUUAUUCAGGGGAAACAGGGCUUUCAUUUAAUAUCAAAUAUUUAGCUAUGAAACAUAAUUUAAUAUGAAAAAAAUGGGAGAAAAUACGAUUUUUUAAUUUUUUUUAGUUCUACAUGACAUUUUAACGGUCAGUGUCAUAAUACUGUUUGCUUUUACUGCAAUAAAAUACACAUAUUUGUAUUCAGUAAAGUCUCACGUGUAAGACAGUACCCCCUAUGUACAGGUUUUAUGGCGUUUUGGGAAGUUACAGGGUCAAAUAUAGCAAGUUACAUUUGAAAUUGAAAUUCGCCAGAUUGGUUACGUUGCCUUUGAGACUGUAUAGUAGCCCGGGAAUGAAAUUUACACCCAUAAUGGCAUACCAUUUGCAAUAGUAGACAACCCAAGGUAUUGCAAAUGGGGUAUGUCCAGUCUUUUUUAGUAACCAUUUGGUCACAAACACUGGCCAAAGUUAGCGUUAGUAUUUGUUUGUGUGUGAAAAAUGCAAAAAACGCCAAUUUUGGCCAGUGUUUGUGACUAAGUGGCUACUAAAAAGACUGGACAUACCCCGUUUGCAAUACCUUGGGUUGUCUACUAUUGCAAAUGGUAUGCCAUCAUAGGGGUAAUUUUCAUUCUUGGGCUACCAUAGGGUCUCAAAGGCACCGUAACCAAUCUGGCGAAUUUUAAUGUGAAAAAAAUGAAACGCAAGCCUUAUAUUUGACGCUGUAACUUUUAAAAACACCAUAAAACCUGUACAUGAGGGGUACUGUUGUACUCGGGAGACUUCGCUGAACACAAAUAUUUGUGUUUCAAAACAGUAAAAGGUAUCACAGCAAUAAUAUUGUCCGUGUAAUGCUGUUUGUGCGUGAAAAAUGCAAAAAACGUCACUUUUACUGGCGAUAUCAUCGUUGUAAUACAUUUUACUGUUUUGAAACACUAAUAUUUGGGUUCAGCGAAGUCUCCAGAGUAGAACAGUACCCCCCAUGUACAGGUUUUAUGGUGUCUCGGAAAGUUAUAGGGUUAAAUAUAGUGCUAGCAAAUUAAAUUCCCUUUACUUUCGGCAUGGGUUGUCAGGCAGGUCCUGCUAAUUGUAAUUAAGAUACCUAAUUAUGUAAAAAUAUUACAUAAAUAUAUAUGUAGAAUUAAUGUGUGUGUGUGUGUGUGUAUAUAUAUAUAUAUAUAUAUAUAUAUAUAUAUAUAUAUAUAUAUAUAUAUAUAUAUAUAUAUAUAUAUAUAUAUAUAUAUAUAUAUAUAUACGUAUAUUUAUGUAUAUAGAUAUAUAUUAUUUUGUUCUACGUGUAUUUUGUAUACAGUUAGAACGAAAUAACACACAUCUAUAUAUUUUUUUAAUUUAUUUUUAAUUUUAUUUUUUAACGUAUUUACAUUUUAAUUUUUUUUUAUAAUAUAUAUAUAUAUAAUUAUAUAUAUUUAAUCAGUAACAGUCUACGUGUAAUUUGAUAUAUAUAAAUAUAAUUAAUAUAUAUAUAUAUAAUAUUAAUAGUAAAAUACACCUAGACGGUGUGUGUGUGUAUAUGUAUGUGUGUGUGUAUAUAUAUAUAUAUAUAUAUAUAUAUAUAUAUAUAUAUAUAUAUAUAUAUAUAUAUAUAUAUAUAUAUAUAUAUAUAUAUAUAUAUAAUAUAUAUGAUCUAAGUAUAUAUUAUUAUUUAUUUUUUUACACCAUUUAUUUGUUUUAAUUUUAUUUUCAGCCAGCAGGGGGACCACCUGUCAUUACAGGCAGCCCCCCUGCUGGCAAUACAGAAGCCAGCUAUCCCCGGCCCUGUGAUUGUGGGGUCCUCGCGAGGACCCCACUCUCACAUGGCCGGGGGGCUUACCGCGAUCGCCGGCGUGGGACCGACGGCGACCGGGUAAGUACCGAAAGACCGGAGGGCGUACUAUUACGCCCGGCGGCGUUUAGAGCCGCCUAUAAUAGGGCGUAAUAGUACGCCCUCCGGUCUGAAGGGGUUAACUCCUAAAUUACAAUGAAUUGAGCAGUGAAAUUGCAGGGGAAUGAUCUAUACACUAAAACUGCUUUAUUUAGCUAAAGUAAUUUAGGUGACUAUAGUGUUCCUUUAAUAAAUUGUUUAAAGCCCCUCAAACUUGCCACAUUUGUAACAGAGAGAAGGGGAGGGGACUUACCAGUCAGCAGGAACAGUUGAGGGACCCCAACUAUUUAAAUCAUGACCGGGUAAUAUGUCAUGGUAUGUUGUUUAUCUUCGGUUGUUGUUACCUAAUUAGAAGACCUGCUGAGGAACAGAUGCUUAUGUCCUGAUGUGGUAAAACCAAGAGGGUGUACUUUUCUUACCAUGACUGUAUAUAGUUUGUAUGUUUUGUUGUUGGAUAUUUUUUUUUUUUUUUUUGGGUGACUGAGUACUAGAGUUGGUUAGAGUCUUAUAGGUAAGGGUACAUAUUUUAAACUGACACCUUUAGAGUACUGGAAGCCAGUGUAAGGAUUGACAGAGGGGUGAGGUGUGAGAGGAGCGACAGGAGAGAAAGAUCAGCCUGGCAGCAGCAUUAAUCACAGAUUGUAGGGGGACAGUAUGGCUUCUGGGGAGACCAAUUAGGAGAAAAUUACAGUAAUCAAUGCUAGAGAUUACUCUGGCAUGAACAAGCUCCUUGGUAGCAUCUUUUGUAAGAAAGGUGCGUAUGCUGGCAAUGUUUUUAGGGUGAAUUAGACAGGUUAAAAAAACAAAAUUUAAAAAAAUACUGUUCCGUGAGUUUUUAAAUUGCUGUGAAAUCGAGUGAGUGCUUUGGAUCAUGUUUGGGGUGUGUGUGUGUAUGUAAAUGUGGUCUAUACUGCAAUUUUGUUUUUGCUUUUUGCUUGUAAAAAUUAGGUUGUUGGCUGUCUAGUUCAUAAAGAGUGUUUUUUUUUUUUUUUGUGUGUGUGUGUUCAUCAACCUCUGGGGCCUGGAGUUUGACAACCCUGCCCUAUCUGCUUCCUUUGACCCUUUGACAAGCAAGUCACAGAAAACACAAACUGUCCAGUGUCCAAGAAAGGAGACUAAAAAUGUUUUUAAAAUCUGCUCUGUGUGCCCUCUAGUGGUCAAACACACAGUUGAUACUUGAAAUUGCACUUUAGAACAUACAAAAUAUAUAUUUAAAAACCUAUUUUCUCCCUUUUAAAACUACAUCACAAGUUACAGCUUUGUUUAAUGAAAGCAUAGAGCAAAAACGUGUUUGUAUAUGGUUUUUAAGGCUACAUAAUGUACCAAAUUUAUUUUCAUUCUUAUAUACAGGCAAACUGGUAGCAUAGCACCUGUGAUUCUUCCAGUACUUUGGUUUGGAGAGGUAAGUUGGUGAUGAGUAUGUGGCUUUUAGGUAACUUGCGUGAUCUUCUUACCAGUGUCCAUAUGCGUUUCUCAUAUUCCCAGGCAUGUUUGAAUUCUAUUGCAGUUUGCUUUCAUCACUUUUAUAUUGCUGUUCCAGAUAUCUGUCUGUAAUGUAGGGGUAAUGUUAUCAGUGCCACUAGGUAUAUAGAAAGCAAAAGAAAGAAGUAGAAAAUAAGUGGUGAUGGUGGUAUGAUGAGAACCAGAUUGCAUUUGUAUAGUCUCCACUCAUUCUGCCAGUUGUAUUCAAAACUUAAUUCAUGGCUAACUGGGGAAUUAGAAAGCUGGAGAAAUAUACUGGAAAUACAGGUGAAAUAGUAAGUCCCUCUUAGAGAGGACUAUGCAUGGCACUAAGGUGGCAACAAAAGGUCAGCAACUCAUAAAAAGCUGCUUAAACUCAUUGGCAGUAAUUUAUUUGAGAACAUUUCAGAUCUUUUAUACUUUCUUUUAUUCAUUUUUUUUUUUUUGUACUGAGAAUUUGAGUAUUGGAGAGGUUCCCUGCUCAUUGUUUAUACAGAUAUGUAACAAAUACAUAAAAACAUGCAUAAUAGUCCUCUUUCCUGACAACUGGUCCUCUUACAGAGAUAUGACAGGGAGAGCCUAAAUACGCUCCUACUAAAUUUCUAAUGGAGAAGUGUUUAACAUACACACAUUGCCUUUAACCCCUUAAGGACCAAACUUCUGGAAUAAAAGGGAAUUAUGACAUGUCACACAUGUCAUGUGUCCUUAAGGGGUUAAUGAAGUUACUUGUGCCCUUCUUCCCCCUGAGAUUUAGUAGCCACAUGUAGAUUUCAUAACUGUAUUGACGUCAGUUGCAGUAGUGACUUUAGGAACAAUUUAUAAAGUGGGAGCACAUACCACAGGCAAGACUGGGGAUGGGGACACAAAUCAUUUCCACUGGGGGUUGAGGUAACAUGCCACCAUUGGCUGUCUGGAGCCAGCAUGCUGUGCAAAUUGACCUCAGACAACACAUUUUCACUGAAUUCACAUUAGCCACUCAGAAUUCUUCUGGGCUGGCUAAUGACUACUCUUGUUUUUUUGUUUUACAUUUCAGCUGUUUAGUAGAUCACUCCAGUUUCCAUAUUUAAGGAUACCAAAUAAGAGAGCUAUCUAGUAAACAGUGCCCUAAUUGGUUAUCCUUUAAAUAUGGCAAUCCCACAUAAGGGUACCAAUUUAGGGAGUUUGUCUUAAUUUUGAUCUUUCAGUUGUUUAUGCGAGAACGCUUAUGUGUUGUCCUUAUGAGAUUAAUCCAAAACCAAGGUGCAAACCACAAUCUGUUGUGGUGUACAGCUUGGUUUUUGGGUUGAUGUUAUUGAAUUGGUACCUAGGGGAGGGCCCACCUUGGCUUCCACCCAGCUGUAGAACGUGUAAAUAACAGAACAAAUCCUCCCAUGCUAUACUGUUGUGAUACACUCCUCCUUAUGUGGGUUUGCCAUAUUAAAUGAUACCUAAUUAGGGGGCUAUCAACUAAACACACACAUUUUAAUGAACUCACACCCAGAUACAAUCAGACACAAAUAAUCACACACUUGACUACAGACCUAAGCACACCUACAAUCCCAGACCUUUACAGUCAAUUAGACAAACUCCCUUAUAACUGCAGAUAUAUUACAAUUAAAGACAGGCGCACACUUUCCUAUUUUUUUUGCUGGGAACUCUGUGCUCUUCCUGCACAGCUACCAUGCUAUCGCUACCAGGAAGAGCACGGUAAGUGUAUAGCUCUCUGCCACCCUUGCAUGUUUACACCGAGCCACUGUUAUAUUGGGCAAGAAGGAAGCAAGUGUCUACUCUUUCACUGGACUAUGGCAUUCCUACAGGAAAGCAGUCUUUUUGCACUUGUAUUAAAUAAGUGUCUGAGUUUUUCCAUUACAUCACAAGUGAAAAGAUCAAUUGCAUAGUCUGACGUUGUCUUACUGUGCUAAAAGGGAACCGGUCAUGCCCUUAACAACAUAUGUUCAUUAGACUGAACGUACAAUUCUAUCUAUGCAUUGUGCUAGCUGUAUUGGUUUUUUUGAACAAAUGUAUAGAUUAGGAGAGAAACCGAUUUUAAAAAGUUGUUGGUCAAUGUGUGGGAAGACCUUAACUGACCAGGGAGAGCAAAAAAGACCUCCCACAGGAGGUCCCUCUGCUCUCCACCCAUAGUAACCACAGUGCAUGCACUAUGGUUGCUACAGAAACUCGCUGGCUAGGGAGUAUAGGGACAGAGUGACGUGGUGCCAUUCUGACACUGGCAAUAGAGCAAAUCAAAGACUGCAGGCCAGCAAUGGGUGUUACACAAAGAGUAACACCCACAAAACAACGCUGGAAUAAUGAGUAGAUAUAUUUUACACUGAAUACACUAUACAUCAUCACAAGAUACAUGGAGCAUUCAGUGUAUAUGGGAAUGAUUUUAGGCAAGUUAAUUUUUUCAUUACACGUUCAUGUUGGCUUUAAAGGACCACUAUAGUGCCAGGAAAACACUUGUUUUCCUGGCACUAUAGUGGCCUGAGGGUGCCCCCACCCUCAGGGUCCCCCUCCCGCCGGGCUCUAGGGUGAAGGGGUUAAACUUACCUCUUUCUCCAGCGCCGGGCGGGGAGCUCUCCUCCUCGGCUGAAUGCGCAUGCGCGGUAAGAGCUGCGCGCGCAUUCAGCCAGUCUCAUAGGAAAGCAUUAUCAAUGCUUUCCUAUGGACGCUGGCGUCUUCUGACUGUGAUUUUCAAUGAGACAGCCACUAGAGGCUGGAUUAACCCUAGUGUAAACAUAGCAGUUUCUCUGAAACUGCUAUGUUUACAGCAGGCAGGGUUAAACCUAGCUGGACCUGGCACCCAGACCACUUAAUUAAGUUGAAGUGGUCUGGGUGCCUAUAGUGGUCCUUUAAUACACAUCCAUUGCCUUUAACACUAACCAGUUUAUUUACUAAAGUGAGAAUCCAAAAUUAAUUUCAAAUUUAAGGCCAAAAUAGUCAAACUGAAAGCAUAGAUAAUCCUGUGAACUUUUUCCAGUUUGGCUAUUUAGACUUUAUAGUUGAAAUGCACUUGAAAUUCACGUGACAUUCUCACUUGAGUGAAUUACUCUGUAAAUGUAUUCUAGGAGCUGUGGUUUCCAUGUAGAACCACUUUAAAGAGUAUCAAUAGUAGAGGCUGAGAUUUGAAGACUUUUAUCAUAUAACUUCUGCUAUUUAUACAGUUGAAAGAGUUCUCAUUAGUAGAUUCAUACGAAAUAUAGCACGUUAGGCUAUGCCAUUGCGUGGAUCUUUCUGUAGUUAUCUGUAAACUGAUAUUCAUCUGCAAAUGAGAAUAUUAUAGAAAAUAAACUAAACCAAAUAUAGGUGGAAUGUCUUACCUUUUCUCUUUUCUUGAGCAACCUUCCUAUUUUUGCUUCACAAAACAAAUUGUGAUUUACCUAUUCGUGCUCUUUGUCAUCUGCAGAGUGGAUACCUUGACGGUGCGGUUUAUACCACCUACUACAAUACUUUGGUCCUGUUUCCUACAAUACUUGACUAUCUGCAAUACGUCCUCAUUGCACUUGGGCUUGGUUUUAUUCUAAUUGCAUUGCUCCUGCCCUUCGUACAACGGGUAAGAAUUUCCCUGCCAAAGAAAAAACAAACAAAUAACUCGGGUUUGCAGUUUAGUUAUGUCUCGAGGACUUGCAUUAAAGUUCUUCAAUUAUUUCUCAAUACAGUGAGUUUGUACCUCGUUCCAGCUAUCAGUGGUGCAUGUGUGUGGCCAUUUGUUGUUAGUUCAGUCAUAAAAACCUGUACAAACUGCACUACAACUAGACAGAUAAAGAUAAGUGGUUUAAUUGAGUAUUAAAAACUUUUUAAACUGUUCCACUGAAUAUCAGAACUUCCCAAUUGAUGCUUCCAUAAAACCUUUAACUCUGGGCUAUAUAUCUAUGCAUAAGAGGAAGGAUAAAGUAGUCUCUUAUUUAACGUCUACAUCUUUUCCGUGUCAAUAAAUUUGAGUUCUUUUGUAGUAAGAAUUAAGUUCACUGGUGUAUCAAACUGCCAAUAUCUAUCUUGGGUAAUUAAUUAUAUCUAAACCUGCUAUGCCUUACUAAUAUUGUUGAACACCACUGCAUGUUUCUGGGUGAAAGUAUACACUUGUUGCACAGAAUUUUGAAAAUAUACAAAGUGUGUCUAAUUUUUAUCUGAAGGAGAGGAGUUUUGUUUUUUGUUUUUUCUGGCUGUGUGGUGGAGAAGGAAGUAGCCAAAUACUAUCUCUUCAAUCUAAUCGCUUUUUAACAUGGAAAAUAACAUGACUUUUUAAAUUAUUAGCAAAAUAAUUGAUUUGUUUAUUUCCCCCAAUAGCCUUCCAGAAAAUAUGGGUUAGAAGGGCUCAAAGUCCCAGAGGACUGAUUUGUAAAUAAACAUUAAAGGUGACAGAGAAUUUUAGGGAUUCUGAAUGAGGUCUGCCUCCUCAUACAGGUUGUGGACAAAUUAAUAGAAAUCCCAAGCAAUAAAUUACCAUAAAUACUAAUAAAGAGUUCAAAGAUUAAAGGCAGUAAUGCAUAUUUUUGGACUGUGUGCUGGGAUAAUAUUGCAACCUCUGGUAUAAAGAAAACACUAUAGUUCUUUAAUGGAUGAAGGAAAUUAAAAUCUGCUUGGUAGUCUACACUCCAGAAUGUCCCAUUAAUGUCCAAUGCUAAGCCUAUUGAUUCUUGAGUCAAUUGGAAGGUAUUUACUUAACUCUGUUUGUGAGAUCGCUCUUGGAUUUGUUUAACUGUUUGUGGGAGCAUUAUCAUCUAAGAGAAUGAGAAAACUGCGGGAGAUGCAUGUGUAACAUAGCUUGUAAAAUUUCCUAUUCCUUAACAAAUUACAAUCUUCAUAUACAAAAAUGUAUAGCAAUCAUUUAACCCACUCAGGGUUAUUCAGUAAAGUGAAAAUUGUAACAAAUUCAAAGAAAAUUUCAAAUGUAAGGCUAAUAUACUUACAGUUCAGCUACUUUGGCCUUACUUUUGAAAUUAACUUUGGAUUCCCAACAAUUUUAGUGGAAUAAACCUGACUCGCACAAGAUGGCUGCCCGUACCAUUAUGAAUACCCAUCAUGUUUCUGUUGAAAGACAGGAGGCAGAUGCCUUCAGCAUGCGAGUGUAAAUUUGCACUUUAAAGUAGAAUAAAAUUGAAAUAUAACUCAGACCAGAAUUAAUAGUCCGUAGACUAGGAAUUUUUUUAUAGUGCAGGCCCUUGGAAAAAACCUUUCAGCUUUUGUGUCAUCUUCGAGACUGAGGCACAGAUAUGCCGAUUCAUGUCUGGUGCUAAAUGAUUUUAAAUUUUUAGCCACGUUAUAUUUGCUAAAUGCCCUCAACAUACAGACUGUUUGCACACUGUGUGAGACCUAAUUGACUGUUUCUAUUUGCAACUGCAAUGUGUCCAGUGUCCAUUUGUAACACAUUUGUUUUAACACUGUUCCCCUUGACACAUUAGAUAACUUUGCAGAUAUUGUGAAAGCUGCAUUUGCAACGUUGGCUUCCUGAGAUGCCAAACCGUUGCUCCCAGUUAGUUGCCUCAUCUCGUUGAAGUAACGUUCUCAAUAUUAAUUUGGAAAUAUGAAUAUGGAAAAAAAAAUAUUUCUAAAUCAUGAGUUCCAUAGAAAAUCUAAAUAACAAAAGUUUGCAUCCCACCUUGGGCCUAAUUAAAGCAAUACAUCUUCAGCAAUAAAAGUUCAAAAUGGUUUAAAAAAAAUAAAAAUAAAUCCUGUAUACAUUUCAAAGCAAAAUGAGACCGUGCUAAUUGCAAUCUAUCUUGUAGCUGACAAAUCCGACUAUUCGCUACGAACACAGCUAUAAAGUUUAGUAACUUUAUAGUUUGCAAUUAAUCCACCGCUGGGCGUAUUAAAAAUAUUAAUUUAAGUCAUAUUGGGUCUGUUCCAAUUUACAGAAAUCGAAUUGCAUGUUUCUGUGCUAAAAUAACAAGAUGCUGCUUUUAAUAAAGGGUGAGGGAGCGGUAAAUUACAUGGUCUUAUUUAGCCCAACUUCUUGCCUUGUUUGCCUUCCAUUUACUUUGUUUUGUAAUUGACAUUAUAUGUUCAGUAUAAACAUGUAUAAAAAAAAAAGGAAGAUUAAAUGGAACUGUUAAAAUGCACACAAACAUUUUGGUCACUGAGGCUCAACGGUUAGUCUUGCUAAAGGUUUGUAAAGCUAUCCAAGCUUUAGAGAAGUGGUGUUCAUUACACAUGGUGCAUAGUCUACUUGUAGUCCAAUAGGGUUAAUAUGUACAGCAAUGGAUAUACAGUCUUAUUGCAUUAUGGUUAUCUGGACCCUUGACUAUAGCAAGAGUAAUAUUCUGGUCCAUGUCUUCUCCUUCAUAUUAGAAUGUCAAGUCUGUAUCCAUUGCCAUUUACAAGGUUUCAGUCAUCUAAAUCAUUUUCAACUGUUAUUUGUAUUGCCUCUUUGUGCUUCAGUCUGUCUGCAUGGUACUAACAUUUCUUUGUGUGCUCCUUCUGUUCACCUUUAAGGUUUUAUCACCAGCUUAUUUUUUUUUAUUUUAUUUUUUAUUUUAUAUUCCUCCUCUUCCUAUUGGAAACUUUUUAACAUUUCUGCUGGUAAAUCCAGGGCACACUGCCGUUCUAUGCCAUUUAAGAGCUAAAUCACUUUGUUUAUGCAGCCCUAGCCAUACCUCCCUGCAUAUGACUUGCACAGCCUUCCCAAACACUUCCUGUAAAGAGUCAUCUAAUGUUCAUACUUCCUUUAUUGCAAAUUUGAUUUAGGAUUUCCUAUCUCCUGCAAUGUUUAUGGCUUGCUAGACCUUACAGGAACCUCCUGUGUAUGAUUAAAGUUUAAUUUACAGAGCAGGAGAUAAAGUAAUUUAACAUAUGAUUGAAAAUGAAACCACUUUUUUUUUUUUUUUUUCAUGCAGACUGUGUCAGUCACAGCCAGGGCAGGUGUGCCCUAUCAUUAGAAACAAGUGAUUAAACUCCUAAAUGGCAGAUAAUUGAGCAGUGAGACUGCAGGGGCAUGUUCUAUACGCUAAAAAUGUUUAAGUUAAAAUUGUUUUGCUGACAAUAGUGUCCCUUUAAAUGGCAUUUACAAUGCCACUGACUUAUGAGUAUACAACAGAAGGAAACCAUUAGAGAGUAGUUAAGGUUUAAGAUCUUUUUGAAAUUUCUUUUGCGUAUAGUUCCCACACUAGCAUUGUUGUGUACAGAAUACUAACAUAAUUUGAAGUGCCUUAUUGUGUAGUCAGUUUCCAUUGUAAGAUCAGUUAAAAGGUAUAAAAUACCAAUUUAUUUAAUUACUUUUAAAAGCUAAUUUACCAAUUUAGUGUACAACCCUAUAUUUAACAUGGUACAAUGCCUUUUAUAUUAAAUAAUCUUGUAGCAGCUUAAUUUAUGGACCAAGUGCCAACAUUUUAUGGAAUACCAUUUUAUCCAAAACCACUACUUUUUAUUUUAUUUUUAAUUUUUUUAAAUAUUUCAAUUUUACUUUAAAACUUCAUGCCAAUUCAAUUUAGUUUGAUGUAUUCACAUUUAUUUUUUACAAUUCCAAGAGAAUUGUUUGAAGCCAUUUGAAUGGCAAAUUGAGACGUAAACCAUGCUUCACAUUUAACCAAAAAAUUCCAGGUCUAUAAGAUGAAAAACUGAAUUGUUCAGUAAUUAUUUAACCCCUUGUAACAGAGAAAUUUCUGUCCGAUUAUUUGGCAUCAAGUACAGUCUAAUUUUUGCAUAUAACCUGGAAAUGCUUUUAUUUUUUUCCCUGACAGUCUAUUUUUUUAAUGACAAACAAGCCUAAUUAUCUUUUAGGACAAUUGCUUCUUAUUUUGGAGUAGUAAUAAAAAGCUUGAUGAAAGUCAGGAUAUCAAUAAAGCACAGACAGAAAAGUUGACUGCCUCUAAUGGAACUGUGCUGAUGGAAGCCAGAUUAUAGGUGCGUACAAGGUAAUAAAUUCCUUAUAAAUGUAUUUUGUUUUAAUAUUUUUAUUUUAUUUUUAGACUUCCAUUCCCCCUCCUCCCCCCAAAAAACCCCCACACAAUUUCAGUAAUUAUAUAUAUAUUUAAUUUAAUAAUUAGAAUGCUCUUAAAAGGCAUCUAGCACUAACUCUUUAAUACAUGCUAAUCUAGACUAAUUUUAAACACUUACUACCGUAGUAUUAUAGAUUUGUAGAAUUUCUAGAUUAAGCUUAGGUUUGCAGUUUUUCUUUGUUGAGAAAUUACACUUCAUCUUGUAGAAGCAUGUUUGAAAUAUGUGUGGUCAAGUGGUAUGUAUUAUUUUAUUGCUUUUUAUUGAAGUUGCAGUCUCUUAAGAGCAAGAUGGUCUAACCUAGAAAUCCAAUGUUGGCCAUAUAAAAUUUAAUGGUGGAUGUUACAGUAUUCGAAUCAUUUAUCAGGGUUGCCUGAUCUCACAUGUCGCCUGGACCACACAUGACUCGUUCAUGCUAAUAGACCACAAACAAAAAGCCCUGACGUAUGCAAGAGUCACAUGCUGCAUUUUUGAAGUCCCUUUUCUGCCAGCAUAUGAAUUCUACAUACUGCUGGCCACAACUUUUAAUGAACAGUCCACUGCCAAACAGGUUCUGGUGACUUUACGCAUUUACCAUGGCUUUUAGCAGUCCUUUUAAUAUUUUCAGGGAAUGGAAGGGUAGAUUGAGGGUUUAGUACAGUUAUAGACCUGGAAGGUAUAUACCUAAUUUAAUGCUACUUCUGUAGUGUUAAAUGGAAGACACCAUCUUUGUUAUGAUCCAUUAUCAAUGCACCAUUAUUUUUUGAUUACGCUAAUCCUACUAAUACAUAAACUAAUUAACUGAAUGCAUCUUAAACCGAAUGAACUCCUCUAUAUUUCUUUUUCAUACUUGUCAUGUUUGUUUCAUGCUUUGUUUGUAAAAAUCAGUUCUUCAUCACUCAUUCAGCAUCUUUGUCCUCGAUUGUGUUUAAAUAAUAAAAAUGACACCAGCUUUCCAGCAUCUUCUUAUAAACAUUUCAACAGUUGACUAUAUAGAUAUAUGUAACCAUCAGGAAGAUGGCCUGGAAUUGAUCCAUUCAGGUAUGAGUAUUUAACAAUAUUGGGCUUGGUUAUAUUCAUUUAGAAGAAACAGAGUUGGCAAGAUGGUCUUGUGAGUGCAAAAACUGGUUGAAUGGACACCUGCAUAGUUAUGCUAUUACAUUUAAAGUCAUUUUAGUUGAUGCCUUGCCUUUAUUUGCAUUUUGCAAAAUGCAUGACAUUGUAACAGUUGAGUCACUCUAAGCACCAUAAUCAAUAGAGUAUAUUAUUGCACACUAGCAUGACAGCAUGCUCAGAUCUCUGCUCUGCUUCACUGAUAUGUUGUGAUCCUAAGAGUGCUCCUUUACUAUUAAAAGAUAAGUAUUAUGAAUGUACAUUUUUAGCCUUAACUCUACCAUGAAUAUAGAUAGAUAUAUUUCUUGGGAAAUGGUGUAAGAAUUUGAGCAAUAUUAUUUACGGUCUCCGAUUUCCUUCUCGUCUGGGAGUAAGUUGGGUGCAUCAAGCAGCUUCAUCCCUCGUGUCUUGUACUCGUUUAGCUGGAAUCUGUGAGUGUUAUGGACUACUUAUAAUAAUCUUUUGCCAUUCAUCUGUUAUAUUGCAAAACAUGUAUGGUCCUAUUAACUGACGUGUGCUUUUGUUACACUUGCUAGAAUCAGGAGGAAAAUCCCCACGUUCCAAACGAUAUUCAUAAUUCGGAAGAGUGUCCUGAAGAUUCCAAACUUCUGGAGGAUCCUGAAUAUGGAUCACCUGGAACGUGAUAAAGUUAUAAUAUUCACUAAUAAACAGACCAAAGUGGGGAUGAUGUUAGAGGUGGAAUUAAUCACUACAAACCUAUAUGGUGGGUUCCAGAUCUAUGCAACUAAUUUGCUGGAAUGCAAGAACUGUCAUUUAACUGUCCGGAGUAGGAAAACGGUUUGAUCAGCGAUUCACCAUGUGCCUUAAGAUGCUAAGAUCUGGAAAAAUUCAGAUGAUGGAUGAAAAGAUAACGGAAUAUCUGUACCUAGAACUUCAUUGCAUAACAUCAACGCUAUGACCAAGUGAACUUCAUUAUCCUUGCAAAAAGGGGGAAGGUUUAGCUGGCAGCAUCACUGCUAAAGAAGUCAUGGCAGAAAUGUCCCUGUGAUGUUUUAUGGUCUUUAGCUGCUGUGUACGGGUUUGCACUGCCACCCAGCCCUUGUGCUGCUCUCCAUUCUCUAUGAAAACCUAUAUCAUUGAGUUUUAGCAUCUGAUUAAUGCAAUCCACAUAGAAUUGAAUUUCAAUAUCUGUUAAUAUAAUUAAACACACUUAGGAAGUGCCUCUAGAAAGUAUAACUGCUGAGUAGUUAACAGUGCAGCAUCUGCAAUUGUUUUGCGGGGUUUACACAGGACAUCAUUUUAUAUGAUUUCCUACAGGCUAUGGUUCCCAGAGCUAUAUGUAUAAGAAUACAGGUCUCAAUGUGUUUAGUAUCAUUAACAAAAAAAAUGUAAUUUUUGUCCUAUCCAUAGCAAUGUUAUUUGCAAAACUAAAACUUGUACAUUCAAACUUAUAGCGUCUAUUCCACAUCUAAUCUCAGGCACCCUCCAUCAGUAUCUCAUGUUUAUGUAUUAAUGUCGGUUCACUUGACAAAUUCUGUUAGUAUUUAAAUAUCAGUAUUCCACUUGUCACAUAUGUAAUAGUAGCUUAAAUCAUUUAGCUAUAAAGGUCUGUAGCACACAUAAUGCAUUACGUUAAUUUACAUAGCUGGAGAGAUGAAUUGCAAUAUACACAAUGCUGAACACAUUCAUUUUUUGCUGAAUUCUGCAAGACCAUCUCAGUUCUGACCCUUUCAGCUGCCAUCCCAGGUUGGUUCCCCAGAAAACUCAGUGCAAUCGUGUAAUUAAACAAUCUUGCACUGGGCACCAGACUUAACCUCUGGUUAGGGCCUUCCGAAUCAACACACCCCAUCUCUUCUUACUUUUUAUAUGUCUCCUAAUAUUGCAAACUUCGUGGGUUUAGAAUUGUGCACUUGAUCAGGUAAAGCAGGGUGUUUCUCUAGUUUUAAUGCCAGAUCCCGUUUUUGUGUGUUAUAUUAAUCCCAAAAUCCACCAAGUAUUAUUCACAACCUUUUGUGGUUAGUCCCCAGCACUUGGAAUAGGGAAAUAUUAAUUUACUGACAAAUAUAUUUUGCAGAAGAUGUUCGAAUUCCAGGAUAUUGAGUAUACUUACUUUCUGUAGAAUGACUUAAUAAUUUUAGAUUGUAAGUGUUUACAUUUUAUCCCCACAAGAUGUAAAUAUGAAAUCUGUCAAUCUACUCUCCAAGCUACUAAAGCCCAGGUCUAUGGUUUGGUUUUCAACAUGUAUGUUAUGUCAUAAUUUACUCAAAUUUACAUCAGGGGCAGUCUUGCUCUUGUAGCAGAGCCAGAAUAGAUUUGUGAAAUGUUUAAUGUACCAGUUUAUAUGGAGUUUUGUAGUUGGUGAACCUAUAUUAUACCCAGUAAUUCUUCUUCCUAGAAUUGUGGGGCAAUCAGCAGGAGCAUUUCAAUUAUAUCCAGUGUGAUUUCUCCUCUUGGUACAUUGCCCCAGAUUUGCUCUUUGUGUGUGUGUGUGUGUGUAGAUGUGUGUAUGUGUGUGUGUAUAUAUAUUUAACAAAGCGCCUCUAAUAUCCUCACUUUUUGGGCAUUUUAAUGCCAGGGAUUCAUUACCUUUGCUACAAGUAGUAUUUGAACUUGAUAAUCUAUGAAAAGGAAGUGGGCGUAUAUCCGAUAAUCCAGCUUUUAAAGGACCACUCUAGGCACCCAGACCACUUCAGCUUAAUGAAGUGGUCUGGGUGCCAGGUCCAGCUAGGAUUAACCCAUUUUUUUUUAUAAACAUAGCAGUUUCAGAGAAACUGAUAUGUUUGUAAAUGGGUUAAUCCUUCCUCCAAUUCCUCUAGCGGCUGUCUCACUGACAGCCGCUAGAGGCGCUUGUGUGAUUCUCACUGGGAAAAUCACAGUGAGAGCACGCAAGCGUCCAUAGGAAAGCAUUGUAAAUGCUUUCCUAUGAGACCGGCUGAAUGCGCGUAGCUCUUGCCGCGCGUGCGCAUUCAGCCGAAUGGGAGGAGAAGAGGAGGAGGAUCGGAGGAGGAGAGCUCCCCGCCCGGCGCUGGAUAAAGGUAAGUUUUAACCCCUUUCCUCUCCCCAGAGCCGGGCAGGAGGGGGACCCUGAGGGUGGGGGCACCCUCAGGGCACUAUAGUGCCAGGAAAAUUAGUAUGUUUUCCUGGCACUAUAGUGGUCCUUUAAUACAUUCUCUACAUCACUCCUAGAGUCACUGCUACAAGUGUGGAUAAGAGAAUGUACAAUUCUCCAUGGUUUCCUGAACAUAUGCUGUCAUUUACUUUUACCAGAUUAUGCGGCUUCUGCAGACUAGUGAAUUUAAAACUGCCAGUUGCUUAUGCAAUGUUCCAAAAAUAUUAAUUUUUAGGUAUUGUUUUGCUUUUAAAAAAAAAUAAAAAAUGUAGUAGUCUCAUUGAACACAUAUAUAAGCCAUACCAUAAAUAAGUCAACAGCAUUUGAUUAUUAUGGGGAUUUAUCCACUAAACAGCAAAUGGUGGAGAGUUGGCAAAACUCUUACAAAUUACAGAGGACAUUUAUCAUAGUUAUAAGUAUUUUCCAUUUUAGCAAAUUGGCAAUCUUGCCUAAACUUAAAUCCAUUUUCAACUCACCUCAAGCUGUUCAUUGAGAUCCUUCUAUAACAUACAAAGUAUCAAUGCAAGACAAUACUAUUAAAACAAUACUGUAUAAUUACAUUUGUGAAAUAUGUAACUUUUAAAAUCAAUCUGUGUAACAGCAUGUUUCUGCCAUUUUAUUUAAUUUUCAUUCCACGAACUGUGAUAAAGCACAAAUGAACAUUCAAUUAUUUAAGAUAAUGGCAUGCUGGCCACUAUAUCUACUAGCGGUUUUUCAUUUUUCAAGGGCCUUUGACUUGGGAGACGAGUGGGUGAAUCCAAUUUGCAGAACUGAUACACUACAGAAAGAUAAAUGUUUGUUACAGUGACAAUCUACUAGAAACAUGUUCAAAACCUUGUCACUGAUCAAUAUCCGGGCCAAAACACGUGGGACCUAAACUGCAAUAUCAAACUACUAUUUGUUUUUUAAUGUUAAACAAUCACAAAACAUCUGGGGGGAAAAAGUUACUGUAAAUUAUGCAAUCUGUGAAAUUUACACCACAUAAGAGGGGACUUUUUUUGUGUGUACGUUUAAACCAUAUACAUUGCUUUUUACUAUGCAAAAUCUUCCCUUUGUGCCAUAGAUCCUCCUUGAUAGAAAGAAAUUGAAUACAUUACGUUUUUCCAUGUAUUGCACACUCUGGUUAUAUAUAAUUUUAUUAUUUUUUUUUUUAAACUUGUUGACCAACAAAAAAGAUGUCUAUAACAGAAUAAUAGUUCUCCUUACUUCAUAAAGAUGUAUUAUGUGUUCUCAAUAUGCAUUGUCCACGUGAAAUACUAUUAAUUUAUUUUUAUGGGAAUUUAUAUUUGCUAAACUGUAGCUAUGCUUGUAGGAUCCAGCAAUGAAAACCCCUGCACUUACAUUUAAUCAUGUCGCAUCACCCAAGGGACCAAAAAGUCAAUCUAUUUUAAACAUCUAUAACUUCUGAUGUAUUUCUAAAUGUUACCUUUUGAAGAAGAUGCCAAGAAGACAACAUUCUGAAUACAUUUAGAAUUUAAGGAGUUGAGGAUUGAUAUGUGAACUAAAUGAAACAAAGAAUUUAUUUUUAUUUUUGCCAGAGAAAUUAAUUGGAUGGAAGCAGACUUUUUAAACUUUUGAAUUUUAUUAAGUUUAUCAUGUGUAGAAAAGUUUAAAUUGGUGCUACAUUGUGUGAACGUGAUUUUUAAAUGUAUUUGAAAUGUUUAAUUUUUCUGGUUACAAUCUCAUUACUCUCGUGCCAAUGAAAUAACAUACUCCUGUAUACUUUUCCAAAAGUUCUGUUUUCUAAUACUACUGCUUAAAAAAACAUCCUUUUUGUUUUCUUCAAAUAGCACAGUUCAAAUGAAGACAAAUUCAAUUUAGUCCUAAAAUAAACUGGAAAUUUCUAAAUUCUAUGUGUCAUGUUUUGUUAAUUCCCCAUUCUGAUUUUGAAAGCUUCUUUAUUACAGAUUACAAGACACACUGCAUGUGGUAUAUUAAGAAGCCCGAGAACUGAGUUGGAACCUGAAAAGUCCCAAAUUUAAUUUUGAUACCAUUUCAUUGUUUGUUUGUACCAGAUUCCCAGUAAUACUGGGAGAGAAAUAACUCCUCCAAGUAACCAUGCUCCUUUUAAUGCAUCAUAUUUUGUUAAUUAUACUGUACAUGGCGGAGGUUUUGCUGUGGGUGCACUGUUCUUUCACCAUGAUUUGAGGUUAAAGGAACACUACAUUGAAAAUUUUGUGAUUUAAAAAAAAAAAAAACUAUUUAGUAGAUAUACACCCUCCAUUUUCUUUGCAUGUUUUCUUUGGUGGUAUAUGAGAUCUGCUGUCUGCAGAAUUUGCAAGCCCUCCUCACUUUCCCAGGCAUAGACU